AUGUAUGCAUGUAAUGGUUCUCCUAUAGAAGUGCCAUGAUACACCGAUGAGGUGAACUGUGCAGAGAACCAAUGGAAGAAAAUAGUGCAGCAACUAAUGCAUGUUUUAUUUGAAUUUCAGUCAUCUUUAUUACUUGGUUUUAUCAGAUAAGCUGAUACGGAUAGGCUGAAAGAAGAAACAACAAUUGCAAUGUAUAUUGUAAGUUCAUUGACGGGUCAGUCACUUAAAGUUUUGGAAAAGAUGCCAUUUUAUUUUUGGGAUAUUAUGGAUAGGAAAUAUACGUCACAUUUGGUCUCAAAUUAAUUGUCUGGAUUCACCAAAAUUAUCUGACCUGGUAACAACCAGAUCAGAAACAGCUGUACAUAAUGCAUUGUGCAUUUUCAGUCAGAAUUUUGGAACACUAUUUGUCUCUCAUAAUACUAGAAUUCCACAGCUUCGUUGACCCUGAAGAUUAGCCAAAAAAGUGCAUAUAAUCCAUGAUGAAACCUAGAGAACUGUGAGGGAAGAUUUCAACUGUUGCCAUUUUGAUUAUUAGGGUAGGAUAAACGGGUACAUAAGAAUAACCUUACAUAAAGAUGGAGGGGGAAAUCACACAAGUACUUCUUGCUUCUGUGUCUUUAUUGUAACUAACUCAGCUUCUGCUUCCUGUUUCAGGAGGGAAAGGAAGGAGUAACAACAAAAUUUAUUUACACUCAUUUUAACCAUACAAUGAAUAACACAGGUUACGGCACUACGAGAGAACUUUUAGUUUAUACCUCAAGCUUGUCAUUUUGCAUAUUCAUAUAUUACAUGACUUAAAUUCCAAAUAUAUAACUCAAAAACUUUUCUAGUUUAUAUCUCAACAUCAACAAUGACGCAUCUGCGUCAAUCCAGCCAUGGCAGAGGACAAGGACCAAUCUGACAUCCUAGGCAAUCUUAAUCUGGCUCUCUGACAUAUAGCCUGUCUCUGCAAGCUGGGCAUUGUAAACACUGUAUUUCAAAAAAGGAAGCCUCAAACAGCUUUGGACACGGGUGCUGUUUAUUGUCUCAGAGUCAGUAGCUCUCCAUUCAUGAAACCAGCUUGAAAAAAAUAUGUAGGUUUCUUAAGCAGUUUUGUGAAUCAGGGUCUAAUUAAUGGCUUAAGGCAGUGUUCCCCAUCCCAGCCAUCAGGGACCACCAACAGUCCAGUUGGGGGUUGGGGAACACUGGCUUAGAUUGUCAGCUAAUACUCUCAGACACUUUGCGGUGCUCUUUCAAGUAUCUAGCGAGCAGUAGGACAGAGAGGAGAAAUAAAGGUAAAGCUCUUAACAAAGUCAUUUUUACAAAACGUAUAGACUUCAGUUGUUUUUGCUACAUAUUUAUCACAAAAGGCACUAUGUGGAUUUUUUCCUUUUUAUUUACCAUUUUAAUCCAUAAGGGUGUGCAUAAUAUUGUGGAUUUUAAGCAACUGCUUGGACCUCUUAGCACCAUAAUAACUUAAUUCCAAUUGAGUUGUUAUGGUCCCUGGUUUAUUUUGUUAACAUUGUGCUGCCUUUAUAAAUGCAGGCAUAGUUAAAGUGUCAAAUUAUAUAUGUGAAGGACUGCGGUGGAUGUUAAUUCAUUGAGCGGUGGAUUUUAAUUCAUUGAGCAAUGAAUUGCUGAGAAUUCUCACUGAGAUUCUUGCAUUUGUCCUACAUAGGGACACCGGAGAAAAGGUCCCAUACCGCACAUAGCAAUCGUAUCAUCAACUCACACUAUGCAAAAUGUAUGGCAUUUCACAUUUAAGUCUAUUGAAUUCUCAAUUAAAUUUUAGAGAAUUAAACAACAAACUAGGCCAGACUAGCUCAGUUAGAGAAAUUGUUCAGCCCAGCUAUAGUUGCUUGGCUAUUGCCUAGCUUGGCUAUUUUCUCAAUGUUGCCAUUCGGAUUUCAUUUAAUUUCAAUUAAUUCUGAAUUAAUUUGGGGCACAGCAAAUAAUCUUGCAAGAUACAGUUUAGUGAAUAACAAUUGUAUCAGUGAAAGUUCCAUGCCUUCGGGCUUCGAAUUGGGAGUAUGACGUUUUAUUCUUUUGUAUAAUUUGCCCACAUUAAACAUGGCCGCUGGACAAUAGUCACAUUUUUUUGUGUGUGUGUCGCAAGCGCCCUGCCCUUAACAGCCAUCGCCAUCUCAGUUCCUGGCAACGACGUCCUCAGUCGCGUCGCGAAGCCACGCUCACAUGCUUGCGUGGUGACGUUGGCCGUUGGCGGUCGGCCAUCUUUUCUGGCGCCCCGGGUUUCUCUCAGCGGUGUGUGUGUGUGUAUAGAGGGGGGAGCAGCGGGAGCUUUUGGCGGCGAGUGGCUUUACCUGCGGCUUGCCUGAACCCUGUGGGGGCCACUGACGAGGAAACCGCGCGCCUAGCAACCGACGGUCAUCAAGCAGCAAGACGACACGCACGGGGCCCCCUUCCAAUCGCGUCAUAACUGCGCGCCGGUAUCACCGCCAUUCACUCCGCUGCCGGAAAGCAACUCAUUAAACCCCCCAUUCUCCGAGAAGACGCAGCCUCCCUCCCCCGCCCCCAGGUGAGGAGAUGUUACAAUACAAAGUGUGCCCCCAUUUUAUAUUCAGCCUUGUGCAGUAUCCCAGGGCCCCCGCCAUCCGAUAACCCCCCUUCUCCUUUAUUGAUAAUCCAGCGGCGGAGGCACAGGCCUCAGCUAACCCGCGGGCAGGCAGGGAUGGAUGGAGGGAGGGAGGGAGGUGGAUGGGAUCAUGGAUGGGAUCAGCCAUUUACAUGUCAGCGGGGUCUGGCCUGGAGAUCCAUGGCUGCUUUAUGGUGGCAUCAUUAAUCUAUGGAUGGGAGGUUAUAUCUUCCCAUCACAUGGAGAGAGGAGGACCACCUCGGGUUUUAGUCACUGAACCUGGAUUUGUGGAGAAUUGGAAAGGGAAUUGCUCAUUUUAGGCCGAAGUAACCGAUUUAUUUUUUUCCUUCCAAGUGGAGCUCUUUUGUCUUAAAUUUCUAAUUCCUAGACAUUCUCCACAAUCCCCUGUAGUAACCCUUAUGUGUACUAUAUGAAACCGGCGUUUUAGAUUAAUAGAGAAUCAAAAUGAAAAAUAAUCCAUAGCAUAGAAAAUUGGAAGGUGGUCAUUUAUUUGGUUGUGUGAUGUUGGUCUCUGUUUACGAUGAGCACGUUUUUACAUUUUAUCAGUUGUGUGUGUGUGAAUGGAACAUCAGCCAUUGAUCAUGAAAUCAGAGUGCUAGGCUGGCUGUGUGGGAAGUACAGGCCUUAUGUAUUUGGCUGUGUUUCAUGAUUAAAGCGAAUGGAAUGAUUUUCUGAAAAUGUGUGAGUGUAAAUUGUAUUCCAAAUUUCUUGAGGGUGGGUUGUUUUUGUUUUUUUUUUAACCAUGAUCAUUGUUGCUUUACCACUUAAAGUGUAAAGAUUCAAAUAUGUUUAAUUUAUGUGGAUGACACAUGCCUUUGAAAUGUUACAUUAUUUAAAAGACCUGCUAGUAAAAACACACACACCUGGCGUUUUACUAAAGUGAGCAUUCUGAACACAAAGUGUUGGUGUUGCAUUUGUUAGUAAAUAACACUAAACAUAAUCCGGUCAUGCUCAUAGAUUGUAAUCUUGCGUGUUUCUUUAUAGCCCUUUUCAAUCAUUUUGUGCUAUAUAAAUGUAGUAAUAGCAGCGCAGGCAAUUGACCAUGGAAAAACACAUUUUAGGCCUAAGUGGCCAAUGUCAAAUAAUGGUACAGUCUAUGAUUUUUUUUUAUUUUGGGAUAAAAUCCCUAUACAGUAGACUAUGCUACACAAUUCCUUGUUUAAAAGUCUGCACAUUAACACAUAAAUAUUUUAUUUAGGCAUCACAGCAUUUAGUUUUAUGCUCCUUGGCUUUGAUGGCAGUUAAAUGGUUAAGUGUGGAAUGGUAGCAUUUUCUGUUGAUGUAUAUGUACCACUGUAGUUAUAAUAGUACAAGCAAUAUGAACAAUUUAUGGGAUCAUAUAUAUCUUUCCAAGACCUCUAUGUGUGAAAAUUAUUUGAUAUUACCUGGAGAGGUGGGUUUAAUUUGUGGGGGGGGGGGGUUUCCCCUUGGAAUAUGGAGAUGGAUAUCUAAAACGUAAGACGAACAUGUCAUUGGCAUAGUUAAUGGGAUUUGCUAUCUUUAUGUUUCAGUGCUACCUGGGUUUGUAAAAUAAAUAUAUAUUGCAUUUUUUGAUAAGUUAAAGGUCACCUUUUAAGCUGCUCUGAGACACCUGUGUUUUUGUUGUAGUAGAGCUCCAUGCUAAGUUCUGAAACCAUAAACAAAAGGUUUUUAACCAGUUAUCUCAAACAAAUUUAGAAAGUAAGCCUUAACUGGACAGACCCCUACCUUGAUAUUUUAUGCAAACCAGUAAUUUAUCUGUUGAAGUGAUCACAGAUUAUUAAACUUUGCCCAAGCUAAAUAUUUUUUUUUAUCUUUACAGUAAAAUAGUUUUUAAAUGGAACUAUUUGGUUACAUUUUGUACACCACACUUUGUAUAUCAAUUUUUUUUAUUUUUUUUUUUAAGCUAAAGUAGAAAUAUUUCAGCAGUUCUCAUCUCUUCUUACUCAAGAAACCAGUCUCUAACUGUAGGUGUGUGAUGCUUUUGUGUAGCCCUUCCUCUUUUGUCUGGAGACAGGGAUGUUGCUGUGGAUGAGAGUAGCCAUAUUUGAGGUCCCAGAGAGAGCUUGAUGCACUGCAGUAGCUUGAGCGAUUAGUGGCCAGGGAACAAUGUAACAUGCUCAUGAAGCAGACUAAGGAGGGGGAUGGUAGCAUCAAGGAUUUCUUAAUACAUCUACCCUGAAAAUCACUAGGCUUUUUCUUUUCGUUUUUCUUGAUUGCUGCACCACUCCACCGCAUAAUGCUUUACAGUAUGCACAACUGUCUGUGGCUUUUUACUUGCAUACACACCAGUAACCUCAGUGGGCUAUUUGGGUUUAAUUUGUCCUGGUGAUUAUUGCAAGAUACUAUUUCCAGAUAUACUUGGAUUUUUUUUUUUUUUUUUUUUUUAAAUACGAGGCAGUGAUGGCUAAUAUUUGUUACUUUUAAUGUACAUUAUAUUUCUCAUGAUGCCUAGCAAGAUGAGUUUUAUGGGAAGUUCAGACUACAAAAUACUUUUGCCAAAUAUUGGCCGUUACUGGCCUGUUUGUGUGUGUGUGUGUGUGUCUGUUUUGUUUUCCUUGAUUUUUCUUUUAAUUUGCUUGAUGUAAGGUUGAUGAGUCCUAACUUGUGGCUUUAUUUUUCCUUAGGAGUUAGCAUUUUUCUUCUAAUUUUUGCAACGUUUUACAUAUAUCCAAAAUCCAAUACAUAUCCAUCAAAUAUGACUACUUUUAUAUUUGUAUACUUGGUAUUUAUAGUAAAUGAAAAUAUAUUUCAUGUGUUUUUAAUAGCCAGUGAUAUCUCAAACAUACUUCUAGUAAAGUAUAAUUAUUUGUACAUUUGUUUUCAUGCUUACAAACAGAUAACACAUUCAUGGGAAGAGGUGUAUCAACAGUUCUUUAUAAACCGUAAAAAUGAAUUUUAGAAAUAAAUGCGCCUGGUUACUUGGCAUACAUUUUUAGAGUUUGUGUGAGGUGAGAUGCCACAAUGAAACUGGUGAUCCAACUGCUGGUUUAAAAAAGUGCAGGGCAAAGGUAACACCACACAUGUCGAAAAGAAUAACAGGAAGCAACAGGGUGAGAAGAGACCUUCUCUUAAUUAAUCAUAGGUGAGUGAUAAUGGAACGUGUGUGUAUGUGUGUGUGUAUGUAUAUAUGUGUGUGUGUGUGUUGUAAAGCGCAGCGCUUUACAACAUAUAUACAUGCGCAUUAUAUUUAAAGUCAACAUAUCAUCCACACAUUGUGUGGAUAACUAGUCAUUCAGGUAGGUACUGAUAUGAUAAAUACCAAGGUUAGCCGUUGCAUGUCCAGGAAUAAUUGUCUCAAGUGGGUCUGCUGAGAUCAGAGCAAACUCUCAAGCCAACAUGGAAUGCCCAUCUGCACCACCUUUAAUCUAUUGGCAUUUAUGAAUAGGGAGGCUACUUGCAGAGUCAUUAUAGAUGUACUUUACUACUAUGCCAGCUAUUCCAAAUGCAUUCUUCUUUAUAUUCACUGUUACCAAGAAAAUGCAACCCAUUACAUUAGUUAUUGGGUUCCCACCCCCUUCCCCUGGGCCAAAGGGGUUAAAAUCCUUUCAGCCAUUUACAUUAAUCCAGUGCUGGGCUCCCUUGGCGCUGGUGACCUCUCCUCCUCCUGCUGACGCCAGCUCCUGAGUGGAGCCGAAUGCGCUUGCGCGGCCAGAGCAACGCGCGCAUUCAAGCUGCCCAUAGCAGAGCAUUACUCAAUGCUUUCUUAUGGACAUUCAGUGUCCUCUCAUGUAAUUUUCAGACAGCCACUAGAGGCUGGAUAAACCCUCAAUGUAUUCUCUGAAACUGUUUACAGUUGCAGGGUUAAAACUAAGGUUACCUGGCACCCAGACCACUUCAUUGAGCUGAAGUGGUCUGGGUGCCUAUAGUGGUCCUUUAAGCCAUAAUUUAUCUAAAAAUUCAGAUGGGGAUAAAGACAAGUGGAAAGGAAAUAGCAAGAAUAUAGCCUUUGAGGGAUAAUGUUAGCAAUGUCUGUAAAUUACUGGGAUUUGCUUUGGAAUUUUACUUAACCCCUUAAGGACCAAACUUCUGGAAUAAAAGGGAAUCAUGUCAUGUAUCCUUAAGGGGUUUAAGGGAUCCUUUAGUGCCAGGAAAAUAAAGCUAUUUUCCUGGCACUAUAGGGUUAUUAGGUUCCCCCCUCCCGUGUCGCUGAAGGGGUUAAAACCCCUUCAGCCACUUGCCUGAAUCCAGUGCCGAUGUCCAUUGAUAGACAGCCGCUGAAGGCAAACUUAGUGCUGCAAUGUAAACAUUGCAGUACUAAGUGCAAAAGGGUCACAGAACCCACACCUGGGUGCCUACAGUGUCCCUUUAACUAGUAAGGUGCAGACAUUCUGUGCUGAAGUCGAAUACAGGAAGACCAAAUGACUCGAUAUGUGACUUUUUUUAUUUCAAGUAGAUAACUACUCUAGAGUUACCAGUUUUAUUAAAUAUGCACAGUAUAAUUGUCAAUGCCCAGGAUUUGUAUUAUGUUUACAUUUCUUCUAUAAUAUAUGUUGUCUAAAUCUGAAAAUGAACUAUAGAAAUCCACUGUAUUUGCAUAUUGGUCAUUAUUAUAAUCACUCUAUCUGCACUAAAAGCAGGGCUUGACAAAUUUGCUUUGAAUCUAGGAGCCAGCUAAAAAAGUGAGGAAAUUUGAUAUGUACAGACAAUUCGUAGUGGUGCUGGUAUCAAGGUAGCCCACAUAUAAAUACCUUGGAUAUAUACCAUAUAUAUGUAUACCGCACUCAAAGUUUUGAUUUAAGGAAAAUAUGUAUUUAUUUCUGAGCCUAUUAGUAUGUCUGUUAUUGCACAGUAUAAUAUACAUAUAUGGCAAAAAGAAAAUUUAUAACAAAAAACUGUCCUAUAUGGAUGCAAUAUUGUGGCUGAUCUACAAAAUAGCUGGAAUAAAAAUAUCCCUUAUAGAUAUGCUUCAUCUGGUAUGUAAUGACUCAAUAGACAAUGUUAUAUUUCAAUAAAGAUAAACACUGUGCAAGUGGGGGAGGAGGGGGGGGUGGGGUGAGGAGAGGAGAGGGGCGGAGGCGGCCCGGCCCAGUGUGUACACACUAAAAAUUCAAUAAUAUGUAUUCAUGUGUGAAUAUUGUUGGACAGAGCCAGUGGUUUGUAGAAAGUCCUCUCAGUCUCUGCAAAGUUGUAUGGAGCUUUGCCCUGGUAAAUGUCCAAAUGUGUACCUAAGUAUUCGCAGAUUAGGUUUGUCAAGAUGAGUCUUUGGUUUUCCAUGUUUUCUAAGAAGCUGUCAAUAGGGAUCUUUGUGCUGUGCGCUCGGGAAUAGUUCAGUCCCUUCGAUGGGACGGAACUAGUCCCAAGCGCGCAGCCCAAAGAUCCCUAUUUUUCUUCCUUGUGUGUGCACGCGCGUGUGCCUGUUAGGCGGACCGCAUGUUUAGGUUUAGUUGGCAUGUAUUGCGGUUUGGGCACUCUGGCUCACAAAGGUUCGCCAUCACUGCUCUAGAGGCUCUUCAGGGAUUUUACGGCACUCUAAUUCGUCUGACGCAGGGCGUCCUCACGCUCUGCAUGAGGACAUCCAGUGUCCGUAAAAGCCCCAUAGGAAAGCAUUGAGCCAAUGCUUUAUUAUGGGGAGGUCCAAAUGCGCUUGCUGCACACGCGCAUUAGUUUGCCUUGUCUGACAUUGGAGGAGUCAAAGAGCCAAGCGAAAGGUGGGGUUUACUAAACUCACCAGAACUACUAUUAAUUACAGAAACAAUUGUGUGCAUUUUAUAAAGCCGAGAGUAUAUCCCCUUAAGGACACAGCUUCAGAAGCUUGACUUACGCUUAAUGACACAAGCAAUUUUUGCAUUUUCUUGCUGUUUGCGUUCAACUGCAAUUUGCAUCUCUCUCAUUUAUUGCACCGACACAUAUUAUAUACUGUUUUUUAAAGGACAGAAAGGGCUUUAAUUUGAUAUAACAUAUAUAUAUAUAAAUGCUUACUUAUUAUAAAAAAAAUACAGAAAAAUGCAAAAAAAAUGAAAAAUAUUGUUUUUUUUUACAGUUUUUGCAAUAAUAAUGUGUGCAUAAUUAGUGCAGGUUAAGGAAAGUAAUUAAAAAUAAAUUUAUUUAUUUGUUCUGAUUUACAGAAUAUAUAAUGUGUCUGGGAUUUUAAGUUUUUUUUGGUAGUUACAGGUCACAAAGCACAAGGAGUAAAAUAAAAUUUUAAUGUGGAGCGAUUUUAGAAUUUGGUAUGUUUGUCUUGUAAGCUUAAUAGCCAUAAAAGAAAACAAAAUUGCCACACAAAAGUAUAUAUUUAUAUAAAGUAGACAUCACGGGCUAUUUACCUAAGGUUGUUUUGACACUUUCUACGUAGCCAUUUCACCGCCAACCUCUGCUAAAUAUUGGAGUAAAAUUGUGUUCUUUUUGGUUUUUGGCACACAAACUUAUAACAGAGAAAUUCUCGUGUAUAUUUUGUAAAGUUGGUGUGUGCUAUUCCUGUACAAAGUUUUAUUUUGUGUUCAGUUACAUCUGCUGAGUAAAAUGACACCCCCAUUGUAUGUCUUUUGCACUAUUUCGUGAAGUUACAGUGCCAUACAGGAUACCUGUCCUUUUCAGUAUUCACAGUAGAAUGUUGAGAGAUGAAUUUAAUGAGCCUUAGCUUCCAUUUGGGGUAUUAUAACAGUUUGACUGUUCAAAAAACCCCCACAAAGGCCUACCAUUUGUAAAAGUAGACACUCCAGGGUAUCUUAUAAGGUGCAUAUUGUGCCUUAACAUGCCCCCAUUUUUUCACCAAUAUAUGCCAAAGUAUGUGGUAAAAAAAAAUUUUGUGCAUUUUUUACAUACGGAUUGCAUUUUUGCUGGGCGUUUUGUAUAUUUCAUAUGUGCCACUAAGUUCAAAACCCCCAAAUUAUGCUCAGCUAAGUCUUCUGAGUAAAAUGACACCCCAUAUGAAUGUCUUUGGCACUAUUUCGUGAAGCUACAGUGCCAUAUAGGAGACCUGUCCUUUACAGUAUUCACAGUAGAAUUUUGAGAGAUGGAUUUAAUGAGCCUUAGCUUCCAUUUGGGGUAUUAUAACAGUUUGACUGUUCAAAAAACCCCCACAAAGGCCUACCAUUUGUAAAAGUAGACACUCCAGGGUAUCUCAUAAGGUGCAUAUUGUGCCUUAACAUACCCCCAUUUUUUCACCAAUAUAUGCCAAAGUAUGUGGUAAAAAAAUUAUUUUGUGCAUUUUUUACAUACGGAUUGCAUUUUUGCUGGGCGUUUUGUAUAUUUCAUAUGUGCCACUAAGUUCAAACCUCCCAAAUUAUGCUCAGCUAAGUCUUUGGAGUAAAAAUACACCCCCAAUGAAUGUCUUUGUCACUAUUUUGUGAAGCUACAGUGCCAUAUAGGAGACCAAGCCAUAUCCGUUUUUACCAAACUUUGAAUUUUGACGCUGGGCCUAUGUGCAAUUUCCAAGCAUCUUCGCAGGUUUUAAAUUCAAUCUACCCCACAAAGGCCUACCAUUUCUUAAAGUAGACACCCCAGGGUGUUUCAAAAUGUAUAGUUUGAACCUUAGCGUGGGAUCAUUUUUCCGCUAGCUUGUACCAGAUGUAGUGGUAAUAAGCGUUUUUUCUGCCUUUUUGACAUACAAAGUGAGUUUGCACAGUAUAUUUUGCAAACCUUAUGUGUGCUACGACUGUAUAAUACUUCAUAUGUUGCUCAGCUAUGUCGGCUGAGUACAGCAAUACCCCCGUAUGUACCUUUGCCAGGUAUGUGUGGACAUCGGAGGGGCACAUUUGGGACACAGCCAUUCCAGUUUUUUUCAAACUUUGAAUUUUUAUGCUGUGCCUAUGUCCCAUUUUAGAGUAUUUUACCAGGCUAUAUAAUCCAAAUUCCCCAUAAAGCCAUACCAUUUCUUAAAGAAGACAUCCCAGGGUAUUUCAAAAGGCAUAUUUUGAACCUUAGUGUGGGAUCAUUUUUCCGCUAGCUUGUACCAAGUGUAGUGGUAAUAAGCAUUUUUUCUGCCUUUUUGACAUACAAAGUGAGUUUGCGCAGCAUAUUUUGCAAACCUUAUGUGUACUAUGACUGUAUAAUACUUCAUAUGUUGCUCAGCUAUGUCGGCUGAGUACAGCAAUACCCCCGUAUGUACCUUUGCCAGGUAUAUGUGGAUGUUGAAGGGGCGCAUUUGAGACGCAGCCAUUCAGUUUUUUUCUAACUUUGAAGUUUUACGCUGUGUCCAUGUUCCAAUUUGGAAUAGUUUAGACGGUUGGUUAUUGAAACUUCCCCACAAACACAUACUAUUUAUUAAAGAAUACACCCUGGGGUAAUUCAAAAGGCAUAUUUUGAACCUUGGCGUGGGAUAAUUUUUUCUCUAGUUUGUUCCAGGUGUAGUGGUAAUGAGCGUUUUUAAAAUGUAUUUUUUUACUUUUUAUAACUUUUUUACUUUUAAAAACUAGUUUUUAAACUUUUGUUUUGCUUAUAAAUUUUUUUUAAACUUUCCUAAACUUUCUUAAAACUUUUUUACAGAUUUAACAUUUUUCUAAGCUAUUUUUUUUACUGUUAACCCCUAACUAGCAGUACGCAGCACUAACAGUAAAUUCCCCAUUUUCCCAUAACUCCCACCCACCCCAGCUAGCAAAAUAUAUAGUUAUAAAAUAUUUAAAUUAAUUAAUUAAAUAAAUUGAACCCCUGAGGGUUAAAAAAAUAAAUAAAAGUUAAUCCUCAGGGGUUAAAAAAAAUUAGAUCACAGUAUAAUACUGUGAUCUCUAUUUGAUCGCUGUAGGCAGUGAUCGACUGGCAGGGAAGGGGUUAAUUUUUAUUUGGACUAGGUAAAGUGUGUUUUUUUGUUUUUAUUACUUAAAUGUUAUUAAAACAUUUUUUUAAGCUUAAUUUUUAACUUUUUAAAGUUUCUUUUAAAACUUUUUUUUAACGUUAACCCCUAGUUAGCCUAACGUCAAAUCCCCCAAUUCCCCACUAACUUCCACCUACCCCAGCUAUCUAAAUAUAUAAUUUAAAAAUAAUUUAAUUAAUUAAUUUAAUUAAUUUAACCCCUGAGGGUUAAAAAAAAAAAGAAUUAACCCUCAGGGGUUAAAAAAAAAAAUCAGAUCAUAGUAAAAUGUAAUCCCUGCCAAUUGAUCACUGUAGUCAGUGAUCAAUUGGCAGGGAAGGGGUUAAUUUUUUAUUAAAAUGGGUAAGGGGGGGGACACUUUAAAUAAACUUUAUUUUUUUUAACAGCAGGGGGCAGGAUCAGCACUGAUCCGGCUCCCUGCACUUCACACAGAACCCGGAAGUGCAGGGAGCCGGUAGGUGAGUAUACAGAGCACAUGUGCUCGCUCAGACUUGCGGUCAGAGCGAGCACAUGUGCUGGGCAGCCUGACCGGGUGCUCCCGGUAUGCCUCUAAUGCAGAGGCAUACCGGGAGCACCAUUAACCCCGCGAUCGCCGCGAUAGCGGCGAUCCGGGGUUAAUUUUACCGCGUGACGGACGAGGUCCGUCACCCGUCGUUAAGGGUCUCCCCUGCGUGACGGACCUCGUCCGUCACCCGUCCUGAAGGGGAUAUUGUUCAUUUUAACCCUGUAAAUUUCAGUAGAGCCAGCAGCACUCAGUUAUACUUGCCUGGUAUAAAUACAAACCAGAAUAAUAAUCUAAACUGCAUACAUUUCUAUUACUAAACUUUGUGCUAAAGGUCUCUAAAGACUUCAAAAAGUAACAGAACUGCACUUUAUUUAUAAACCGUGGUCAUAUGUCACCUCACUGUGUCUUACAGUGCAUUCAGAAAAUAUUUAGACCCCUUCAUUUAUUUUAUAUUGCAGCAUUACUUUAUUAAAUCUACACUCAAUACUCUAUAUUGACCAAAGACAGUUUCUUUUUUUUUGUUGUCAAUUUUACAGACUUAUUAAAAAGAAAAUUGCUAAAGUAUCUGCUGUUUACUAAUUUCUUUUUGAGCCGUACCUUUUUUUUUUAUUAUUGUAAUUUAACAGGCAAAGCAUAUGCUUAUCAAUAUGCAUCCAUUCACCAGCUGCUGAAUGCCUUGUGCAGCAUCCCAUAACGCCGACCACUCGAGGCAGAUGUAUUAUGCCAUUCUUAGGAUUGUGUGGGUAGAUACCAAUAUGACUUCUACUUUUUCUUGGUCCAUAUUAGAAUAUUCAAGGAAGUGAUCGUCUAAAUCUACUAGUAGUUUAUAUGCAGUAUUUAUUGCAGCAGUGCAUGGAUACAUUUAAUUUUGUAGCAGUUAUUGCCCCACUCUCCCGAUUUUUUUAGAAUGGGUAAGACAACAAACUGUUCAAAGAUAGUUUGACUACUUAAUGGGCAUGUCUGACACCAACACAACUACAGCUUAACAUAGUGUGCUUAUGGUUCAUAGUGACUAUUAUUGUAGUCACAGCAGUGUAAACCCUGCCUUUUCUAUGAAACACUGCGGGAACCAUAACUUGAUUAAAUUUAAAUUAUGAUACCAGGAUGUUCCAAGUGCUUUCAUAGCUGAAGGGGUAAACCAUUCUCGAAACCGUUUAAUACCAUAGGUUCCCUAUGCAUAUUUAUUUUUAAUUGUUUAGUAAAAUCGUGGCGGUAAAUUUAUUCUAAUUGCACAAACGUGUAUUAGGUUUCCAAAUUGGAUGAAGUAGUGGUUUUAAGAUUUCAAGAAUUAUAGAUGCAGCACACCUUAUAGUUGGACUAUCCAAGUGCAACUAAUCAGAAACCAAUGUAACACUUACUAGUGAUGACUCAGAUAUGUUUACAAGAACAUCAGUAACUCGUUGUUUAUUUAUAUGUAUGUAUUUCCAAGUUGGUAGGUUUGUUGGUUUUUAACUUAUUUUAACCAAACAGAAUUCAAUGUGAUAUGGGGUAAAGUGUGCAUUGCCAAUGUAUUCCCUUUCCUUUUGUCUCCUUACACAAUCAUUCUACUUACUAGAAAGCCAAUGCUCCACAUAGGUGUACUUUUUCAAUCUCCUUUAAAGCUGCUCAAUGUUCAUUUGUGAUAUGGAUAGAGGGCAGCAAUGUGAGAAACCUCACACCUUUUGUAAUAAGAGAGGACAAGAUGCAGAGAGGCCAGUUGGCCAUGAUUUUGUUAUAUUUUGUUUAUUUUUUGUCUAAAACUUCCAUGUAUACUUUGUACAGUAUAUCGUAGUUUUAUUUUCCAGCCAUACAUUGAAUCUGAUUUAUGCUUAUUUUAGGAUCACACGGGACCAGAAAAGUGAGGCAAAGGCUGUAUCAGACUCGAUGAAUUUCCUUCGACAUGUCGGAGAAGUCAGGCCAGAGCACAAAGGCAAAGGAUGGGAAAAAGUAUGCUACCCUCAGCCUCUUUAAUACAUAUAAGGGAAAGUCUCUAGAAACACAAAAAACUACAGGUAAGUGCUUGAAUUGCAACGUUUUGCAUGUACGGAAACCUAUUAUUAACCUGUUAUUUUGAAUUCUACUUUGCAGCUAACCUACUUCAGCUUUUUUUUGCUGAUUGAUUCCCUUCAUAUAAACGUAAAUAUUUCAUAUUACUGAGGGUAUAGUAUCUUUGUUUGCGCAGCUUGUUAUGAGCAUCUAAAUCUAGGAUUAUCCAUUGGUAGCUGUAUAUUUUAUUAAUUUAUUGUAAACUGGUCUAGUUUCGUUUGGACAAGGAGUGAUCUGUAUUUAGUUUUCUCCUUAAUAGUGUCAGCUAUUUUUUUUUUUGUCGGAAUAUCUGCUUAAGUUAUUACUUGGAAUUGCUUACUUAACAGUGGACGUUAUAUAAUCAUAUAUGAAAUUUUAUGGCUAAGCUUUGCGGUUUACUUAUGUUUCGGAGUUAUACCUGAAGCAUAUAUAUCUAUCUCAUUCAUUACAAAUAAAAACACUUGUAAAGGCACAGCUGAACACCUGUGUCUAGUUGCUGUUGGAUACCAGGCCCGGAGGGAUAUAUACACCCAAGGGAAGCAAUUAAAGCCCAAGUUCUUAAAACUAAACAAAAGUUUGUGAAGGCAAUUUGUUGUCAGUGACUUAGUACAAAAAUUAGUUUUCCUAUUUCUUUCUUUAUUUUCUUCAAGGCCCGCUACAUACUGUUGAACGCAAUUUCUAAAUUUAAGCUGUCAUGACAUGUCCCCUUUAAUAGUUAUCGGCCGAUAUUUGUUAUUUUCAGGCAAUAUCCGUAUUGACCAAUAGAUACCAAUAAUACAUACCAGGACCACCAGUCCUGGGGAGGGGGGCGCAGUAAGCUGUGACUUGCCUUCCCAGCAGCUCCCCUGUCAAAUCUUGCCAGUCCCGCGGCCGCAGUGUGUUACCACGGGUUUCCGUGGCAACACUCCGCGCGGCGCUAAGGUCCGCAAGAUUUACACAGGGGAGCUGCUGGGAAGGUAAGUCACAGCUUGCUGCCGGCCCUCCCACUGCUCAGUACAUACCACCAGACCACCAGGGACUGUCAUAUGCCCCCUCCCUGGCUAGUCACCUUGGGAGGGGGGCAUUUUCAUUUAGGGUGGAGGCCUACAGUAGGUCCCCCCUCAUUGUCAUGGAAAUCCCCACCAGCGGUUUAGGGGUGGGGGAGGACAAUAGGUCGUAGACUCCCCUCAUUGUCAUUUAUGGCCCCCACCCGCCGCUCGGGGGGAGGACAAUAGGUCGUUCCUCUCCCUCCCCCCAUUAUCCUUUAGGGCCUCCGCCUUCCGCUCGUAGGUGGGGGUGGGAGGGGGGGUACACUAGGGUGUUUUUUCUCUUUCCUUUUUUUCCCAAGUAGACAUGCCCUUACUCACGGCAUAACGAAUAGAGGCAUUCGGGAGAUUUUAAUCUCCCUUAUGCUAUUAUGUGGGGGUCAUAUAGAGUGAGGGAGGAUAUGGGAGCUUAGGAAGUGGCAAGGAGCACUUCUCCCUGCCGCUUCUAUUUUUCCAUAGCUGGUAGCUCCCUCCUUGUAACAAACUGAACAAACGAACACUGGUAUUCAGUGUUUGUUCGGCUGACAUUUCUAUUUAUUCCUCUGUCUUUCUGACGAAUGAAUGGAUGAAAUUCCUGUUCAGUGUUUAACUGGGCAUGUGCGGGAAUUUCACACGUGUCCCACAGGUACUUCAUCUACCCACACAAACAUAGGUCCGGGGACAAAAGAAAGAUUAAAAAAAAAAAAGGUAAUAUGGGGGGCUUAGGGGCAUUUGGGGGGUGGCUAGGGGGUCAGAUGUAGUGGAAUCGGGAGGGAGGUUAAAAGGGAAAAAAAAUGGGAUUUUUAACAUAGAACAGGUAGGAAAUAUAUAAUCAACCUUGACUGGUGCAUUCUGUUUUGAGAUAUGUAGAGAGGGAUCUCUUAAAGGAUUUUAGGCCUGGGGAAGAUUUGAAGGUGUGUGGGAGGUCGUUCCAUAAUUGCAACUCUCUGUAGGAAAAGGAGGAUCGAGUGGCUUUCUUUUUGUAUUGAGGUAGACUAAAGUGCUGGUACUGGAUCAGAGGUUAUAGGAGGUGGUACGGUGGGAGUUUCCCAGAAAAGCUCUUAAACACCGGGCUGGAAAGAUGAAGGGUGCGUCUGGAUUCCAGCGAUAGCCAGUUUAGUUCUUUUAGCAUGUCACAAUGGUGGGUCAUGUAAUUACAUUAUAGGACAAAGUGGCAGAACAAGUUAUGCAAUGUAUUAAGCUUAUUUAGGUGGGUAUGGUGUGCAGGUGCGCAUAUACUACAUCCCCAUAAUCAAUGAUUGGCAUCAGCAUUUGCUGUACAAGCUUUUCCUUUACUGUAGGGCUUAGGCAGGAUUUGUUUCUGUACAGGGCACUUGGUUUUGGAUAGAGUUUAGAUUCAAGUUUUUCUAUGUGGAGGCCAAAAGAUAGAUUGGGAUCUAACAACGUACCCAAGUAUCUGAAAGCGUGGACUGCGUUCAGUGUGCUAUUGGAUUUUGUUUCAAUGGAUAGGAAUUGUGUAAUUUGUGUAAUUGUGACCGUUUUGUCAGUGUUUAGGAAGAGUUUUUUUGCAAUCAACUUUUCCACCUCUGUAAACUGAUCUUGGAGCACAACCUCGAGCUGUGAUUGAUUUGGAUUUGUUUGCAUAGAUUGUCGUCUGCUUACAUGUGUACAUAUGAGGAUUUGCAGACUAAAAUUAGGCAGAUCAUUUAUAAAUAAUGUGAAUAGUUGGGAGCCAAGAAUGGAACCUUGGAACACCACACGUGUCUGGGAGAGGGAGGGAGUCGCUGUAAAAAAUGGUCACACAUUGUGAGCGAUCCAAUACUACAUAUGAUCGAAACCAGGUUAAUGGACAAUUACCAAUACCUGAGUUUUUUUUGUGCAGUAGAAUGUCGUGGUGUACUGUGUCAAUGGCCUUUGCAAAAUCAAGGAAAAUAGCUCCAGUUAUGUCUCCUUGUUACAUGCCAGUUUGGAUGUCAAUGUAAACUUUUAAGAGGUCAGUUGUAGUAGAGUGAUUCAGGUGAAAACCCGAUUGACCAGGGGUCAGCUAGUUUGUUGAUAAUACUCACAUAGUUGCAUAUGGAUGCAUUUUUCUAAGAUUUUUAAUGAUAUUGGUCGAUAGUUAGAAACCAAAGUAGUGUCACUCUUUUAUGGAUAGACGCUACUCUCGCAGUCUUCCAAAGUUUGGAUAUGUAUCCAGACACCAAAGAUUUGUUAAUUAGGGUUGUGACAGGUUUAGCAAUUGCUGGAAUUUGAUCAGGUCCAGUCUGUUUUUUCAUUUUUAGGUUAAGGUGUUUCUUAAUGACCCUAAUAGGUGCAGGUCUAAAAUUGAACUUGUGUAUAUUGGGUCUUUGCAAACUUCGUGGGGCCUGAUCCACAUUUGUAGUUUCAGGAUAUCAUUUAUUAGCUUGGCAUUUAGAGUAAUGGCCCUUCUGACAAAAUAAUUGUAAAGUCAUUUGUUACAUCUAAGGGACGUUGCAGGGUGUAGUUAUCAACUUUGACAGUGGAGGGUUGGGAGUGGAUUGGGGGAGUUUGUAACUUAUUUGACUCUCCAAAAGUUUCUAGGGUUUGAUAGGGUAUUCAGAUUUUAACAGAAAUAUUGAGCCUUGGGUUUUGUGCAUAUAAUUUGCCGUUUUCUAUAUGCACAGUGUGAGCCAGUACGCUUGAACUUUGACCACAAUGAAUCCUGAAACUGGUACAUUUGGAUGAAGUCAGCUGUGAUCCAGUUCAUAUGUGCCCCUUUUACUCAGCUUACGCAGUGCAGCACGCAAAUUCCAAACUUGUAGGAGUUCAGACUGAAAGAAUUCAACUGCACAGUCUAGAUCUUGGAUGAUUUUUAAGCUGUGCCAUGGGAGGUUCUUGAUGUCCUUUAGAAAGGAUUCAAAAUUACUCUUUUUUUACUUUUUUUUUUUUUAUUUUUUUUUUUUUUUGAGGUCCUGGUGAUUUUAACAUUGGGAGAGAAUUUAGUAGCCUUUAUUUUGCACACGCAGUACACUAAGCAGUAAUCACUGAAACUUUUAGGGAGAACCCCUGCCUUCUGGAUUCUAUCAGGAGAAGUUGAGUGAAUCCAAUCGAGCAUGGUAUGGUUAUGGCUUUUAAUGUUUAUGUGAGUUGGGGAGGAGAUUAAUUGCAUUAGCUGCAAAGUCUUAAAGGACCACUAUAGUGCCAGGAAAACACUUGUUUUCCUGGCACUAUAGUGACCAGAGGGUGCCCCCACCCUCAGGGUCCCCCUCCCGCCCGGCUCUGGAAGGGGGAAAGGGGUAAAAACUUACCUUUUACCAGCGCUGGGCGGAGAGCUCUCCUCCUCCGUUCCGCCCCGUCGGCUGAAUGCGCACGCGCGGCAAGAGCUGCGCGCGCAUUCAGCCGGUCGCAUAGGAAAGCAUUUACAAUGCUUUCCUAUGGACGCUGGCGUGCUCUCACUGUGAAAAUCACAGUGAGAAGCACGCAAGCGCCUCUAGUGGCUGUCAAUGAGACAGCCACUAGAGGCUUUGGGGGAAGGCUUAACCCAUUAAUAAACAUAGCAGUUUCUCUGGAAAAAAAAAUGGGUUAACCCUAGAAGGACCUGGCACCCAGACCACUUCAUUAAGCUGAAGUGGUCUGGGUGCCUAGAGUGGUCCUUUAAACAGCGAGCAAGUACUAUUCUUUUUCAGAGUCAGCCAAUCAAUAAUAAAAUAUCUAAAGACCAACAGUUCACUUUUUGGGUUUUGAGCUAUGGCUUCAGUAAGGAAAUGGGCUAUAUCAGAAAGGGAAUGCACUGGGGAACUUGGUGGGCGGUAGAUUCCUGCAACAAUGAUUGAUUUACUGCACAGGAUCUCAAUUGUGCCAGAAAGGAAAUCAAAGUGGCAAGAGGGCUAAAGUUUUGGAAGAGGGUAGACUUUAUGGAAUUGUCAACAUAAAUGACAAUGCCACCUCCUCUUUUUGCUCUGUCAUUUCUAUGGCAUGGAUACCCAUGUAUUGCAAUGGCAGUCAGGAAUUUUUGCGGUUAGCCUCGAUUCAGAGCACAAUGAUUUUGGGCUUGUAAUGUGAAUACCAUGCUUGCAGUGCAUCGAUUUUUGGUAGUAAGCUGCGGAUAUUACAGUGCACAAAAGAGGUGUGUGGUUUUUUUUUUUUGUUGUUUUUUAGCUGGAAGGCUAGAAAUGGAAUCUGUUGUGUCCUCUUUGGUAAACUCAUAGGAUUCAGGACACUUAUUGGAAGUUGGCACACAGAUGGAAUGUGGCCUGUGCUUCCUAUGGUCGUAUGCUCCCCAGUGACUUAACUAGGGAAUUUUACUCCACCUAGGGAUAGUCAAUUGGCUAUAAAGUUUGACAUAUGAGAUGGGAGGGAUUGGAUAAAUAGCAGGCUGCACUAAUGAAUCAAGUUUGUCAUAUUAAGGGCAAAAAUACAUAGAAUGAUAAUGCAUUGUGAGGGUUCCUAAUACAUAGGGUGCCGGGGUGAGACAGUCACUGUUGCAGGAGUUAAUUGAGAUCAGAGAUUACCUGUGGAUGAGAGCAGAGGGAUGCCAGAUUAGUUUACAUUAGUCCAGGUGAGUGAAAGAAUUGAAGAUGCUGAGUUAGUUCCCUUGGUAAACUCCUAGGAUACAGGACACUUAUUGGAAGUUGGUACUGGAUGGAUAGUGGCACACAGAUGGAAUGUGGUCAGUGCUCCCUACGGUCAUAUGCUCCCCAGUUUGGCAUAUAUUGUAUUUGGAAAAGUGCAUGGAUAUUUUUGAUCCCUUUUCUGAGUCUUUAACUUGACUUUCUCAACAACAAACCUCUUCUCUUGCUAAACCAUUUUAUUUUUUUAAAACAAAUUUCAAGCUAAUUUUCUUGCAGCACCUCCAGUUCUCUUUCUGUGUGUGUUAUGAGAUCCUUGACCUUGAUGGAAAUAGUAUGAAAAGAUAACUGCAAAUGAUAUAUUGGUGGUCAGUGGCAGAUCUUACAGCUAUCUGAGGAGUGGCCAGUGAAGUUAUCACUAGGCUGUAAUGUAAACACUGCAUUUUCUCUGGAAAGACCGUCUACAGCAAAAACACAAAUAGGCUGUAGUUGUUCUGGUGACUAUAGUGUCCCUUUAAUAGUAAUGUGUGCUUGCAUGUUGUGUAUUUUCUCUUGAGAAAUAAUGGUGAGAAAUCUGCUUCCAUUCUUCUUUGAAUGAGAUGCUUUGACUGCAUUGCUUACAUUCUGGUACUAUCCAUUCACUUGCAAAUGCAAAUACUCUGAAUUUGGUUAAUUAGGGUGAUAUGCUACUAUUGACUGUAAAAAACUAAAAACUUUGUGCAAUAAUAAAUAUCUUUAUAGCAGCAUAGUUGCACAUUCUAUGCUUGUAAUGUCUGUGUAAAAAUCUAAGAAUUUAGAGAAAUAAAACAUUACCGAUGGUUUUGAGUGGCCUUCCAUUGUAAAUACAUAAUUAGUUGGAUUUUUUUUUUUUUUCAUUCUGCAGUCGCUGCACGCCAUGGACUCCAAAGCUUGGGAAAAGUUGCUGUUUCUCGGCGUAUGCCACCACCUGCAAACCUGCCCAGUCUGAAAGCUGAAAAUAAAGGCAAUGACCCCAAUGUGAAUAUAGUGCCGAAGGAUGGCACAGGAUGGGCAUCUAAGCAAGAUCAAUCUGAAGAAGAGAAGUACGUAUAUCUGUUGGCUCUGUCACACCCACUCAAUUAAUUAAGAAUUUUGUAAUGCUAAAAUCUUAAUCAUUGAGAUUCCAAUACAUUUUAAAGACCUAAGACAAGGUAGGAACUUUGUCUUAUGGUAAAUGCAUAUGUUGACAAAAGGCAGUGCUACUGCCAGCGAGUUUUUUCAGUUAUCAUAUUUGUAGUUUAGACAAUGUUUUGUAGACUAACAACAUAAAUUAAGUUUCUAAUCUCUAAAUUGCUAGAUUACUACUCCGCCAUAUUUGGAUAACCAGCCCUUUCUUUUUAUGAACAUGCUGAUCGGAUUAAUGUUGACUUAUAUUAUCAUGACAAGCUUAAUGCUUUUGGGGGUUAUUUUUAUUUAUUUUUUAUUUUUUUGGUAGGGUGUUCACGCUAAGAAUUGUAACUGUAUUUUAGUUGUGGUCUUAAGUUUUUUUUUAUUUUUUUUAUUCUGUUUUUAAAGAACACCAGAAGUGCCACCUCCACCACCAAAACCAGUUGUUCCACCGCCAACAGAGGUCCCUGUUGCCAAGUCAUGGGCCAGUACAAAGCCAGGCGGUCAAGCAGAUGGUAAGAGUGUGUGUUGCUUGGUUUUUUUUUUUUGGUUGUUUUUUGUUUUUGUUUUUUUUGGGAGGGGGGGGUUGUUCUUUUAACAUCAUGGCAUCUUUAAAAAAAUUAAUUGAUCCUUUAGAAACCAUUUGGGUUUUUUCCCCCACUAUUUACAGAGUUUCAUUUUAGAAUAUCAAUAUCUAAAUAAAACUCUUUAAAACCGUAACAGAAAUAUUUAAUGUGGAAUGUGGCAGUGUUUUCUUAGAUGAGAACCCUCGUUUAUUUGUGAAUAAGCUGGCUAGCCUCCAGUCCUUAGUCACUGAAAAACAAAUCUUUUGGAACUCUAACAAUAUUUCUGGUUGAUGCUUCUCUCAUUUCAAUUACCCUGCUUAGUGCCCUCGCCUCCAUAGCACUGCUCACACACUCUCCUUUUACUGUUCUGUUCUUCCAUACACCACUUUUGCUAGCUUAUUUUGAGACCGGCCUCUAACCCGUCAAUCCCUCCUCCCCUCUGACAGGCUGUUAUUCCUCGUAGUUUGUAAGCUCAUUUUAAGCAAAGCAUUGUAACCUCUUGUACAUUAUCCACAUUCUAUAAUUGUAAAACACUGCAGCAUAUGUUGGUGCAAUAGUAAUAUCUGCAGUGUCAUACACAUUAACAGAAAUUUUUAGUAGAGUAGCUAUGGGUUAGAUUAUUCUUAAGCGUUUUGGAGGUUUGUGUUAUGGAUUAGACUUGGAGCUAUGGAUGUUGGUUUGGGUUGAAUCUUUAAGGGGGUAGGGAUUUUCACUCUGUUUUCUAUGUUUUUAUUAGCAGUUAGGCUGCAAUAACUUCAGCUGUGUGGAGAGAGGUAAUUGAGGUUCAUAGCACAUUGAGUAUGUUGGGUCACUAGGUGUUAAUCAUACGUGCUAGAUGCUGUGGGGACUGCAAGUUAGUUUUGCAGUCCACAGUAUAUGUAAAACUUUUUUCUUAGUGCUGUGGGUAGAACACAAACCCUAAUGUGCACUAAUGUUCGUGCAGGCUCAUUCAAAGUGGCACUUAGUGGGGAUUUGAGCUUUCAGAGUUUAUUGGACCUUUGGAAUGUAAUGAAAUAUGAUAUUGAAAUUCAAAAGGUGCAAUCAUUGCCAGCUAUGUAUGCAUGCAUUAAUGUUAAUAUAACUUUUUUUUAUAUUUGUGAAUGAAGGUAUUCCGGUAAACCGUUACUUUCAGCAAGAGUUUCCCAGUCUGCAGGCAGCUGGGGACCAGGAGAAGACAAAAGAGAAGGAUGCAGUGGAUGACAGCCAUGGACCUGGACUCAGCUUGCGCCCUCAAAGUGCGUCUGCAUUUAAUUUUAUUGGUUCUGUUUGGAGGAUGUCACACUUGUUCUCUAAGCCAGGCGUGCUUGGAGAAUAAGAUACAAGAAUAAGACAUAAGUACAGUAAUUAAAAGAUAAGUCAGAAGCAACCAGGAAUUCACAACCCACAUUUUUCUGGUUGUACCAAGAAUAUGGUGUUCUGUUCAGUUGUGGCCAUUCAGGUAGACAUGAAGCCCCUCUGUGUAAACAGAAUAUAACCUCUAUUGUACAGUCAAGAAUCAAUGUCACAGCAGUGCCAAAAACAUGAUUGUUUUGAAAAUGGCCUUAUACCUCUUUGUAAAUUGGGGCCCCACUCUUUCCAAUAAGUAGCUUUACAAAAUUAUAUUCAUAAAAAUAUCAGGAAGUAUUUCUUUGAGAGGGUAGUGGAUGCAUGGAAUAACCUUCCAGCUGAAGUGGUAGAGGCUAACACUGUAAAGGAGUUUAAGCAUGCGUGGUAUAGGCAUAAGGCUAUCAUAACUAUAAGAUAAGGCCAGGGACUAAUGAAAGUAUUUAGAAAAUUGGGCAGACUAGAUGGGCCGAAUGGUUCUGAUCUGCCGUCACAUUCUGUUUCUAUGCUUAUUUAUGUUCUGGUGACUAUAGUGUCCCUUUAAGUAAAUGUUAUAUUACCCAAUGCUGUGGCUAAGAAUCAAAGGCAAUUUACAAUGUGGCAAUUUCCUUUUUAAAAUUUAAUGCUAGUCUAGCUGUUUGCUAUUUUUGAUUUAAAUCUGGAGUAGAGUGUUCCUUAUCGAAAAGGGUAGAUAAUUAUCCCAUGAAUGCCUAUUGUUUAAAUUGUCCACAAUACACAAAUCAGGAAGUGGUUGAAUCUACUAAACUUUAUCCUGUCCGUGCUUUAAGAGGUUGUGAUGUCAUUGUCUGAUUUGAGUUAAAUCCGUUCACUUUUUAAAAUAUAAUACACAUGUGAGUAGAUGACUUGUGUUCCUUUAAUGAGUUCUGAUAAAUUCUCUUUACAGCUGAUGUGGCCAGCUGGCGGGAAGGUGGAGGAAGAAACCUUGGUACUCCUUUGACUCCCUCUGAACAAGAGAAUGGAACUUCAGUUAUAGAAGAUGCUGAUCCGGGAAAGUCCGGUGAUAAAAGAGAAAACAGGCCAAGUCAUGGCACAGCUCCUCAGCUUAAAUUAAAUGGGCAACAGCCUGGUUUACCCCCUCAGUACAGAGGGAUAAUACCAAAUUUAGCUGGAAAUGUAAGUUUAACGAGUGAGGUAAUUUGAUGUUGUCAUUAGUACAUUUGGUGAAUGGUAUAGAAUCUUGCCUGCUGCUUUACAAUCUGUGAUUUUUGUGAAGUCAUAUGCAUUUUAUUGAGUUUGUUUAAAUUAAAAAAAAAAAAAAUGUUGUACCCCUGCAUGAAGUGUGUGUAUAUAUUGAGGCUCAAUUUCCUGUAGCCAUUGGAAAUAGAACAUCAGCCCUGGCAAGUGUCAUGAGCCCUCUGCUGUGUGUGAGGAUACUCCUGGUGGCAGCAACUUUAUUAAAGUGGUUCUGCCACUUUUUAAGCUUUUCAUAACAGAAUCUUUAUGAAAAGCUCUUUUUGACCGUGUUGAAAUUUCUUCAAACUUCCAUAACAAUCAAGAUACAGGAGACAAAGUAGAGGGACUACUUUGUCUUGUAUGAUUGGCAAAAGCAUUUCUGCCACUAUAUCCAUUCAGUAGUUGGUUGCAAUUGGUGUGGAAAAGAGCAUAAUGGGUAACAUUUUCUAUGGAAGAUCUUACGAUCUUGCAGUAUCUUCCAUAGACACAGUUUUACUCUUGCUCAAGAGUAAAAUGACCACAGCUCCUUGCAGAUAAAAUCUCCAGGAGCAGAAUGAUGGUGGUAUUAAGAUAUGAUUGGGUAACUAUAUCUCUGUCUCUACUUUCCACUCUGCCACCCCCACACAAAUUGCAUUUUCUGUGAUAGUGUCUCUUUAUCAUUGGCUGCUCAGCUGAUAUUCACUAUGAUCAUUCACCUUAAGAUCAGCUACUACAUGAUCCUAUUUUGGUUUUUUUCUUCAUGUUUUAUCACUUGUAAAGCAGUAAAGAGUUCAAAUGUGAAAUCCACAGGCAGCUGCGCAAGGCAUACUGCACCCACCUAGAAUACUUACAGGCUUGGAAUUGUUGGAUGCAAAUUGUCAUCCGUGAGCAUAAAGGCGUUAUGUGCUGUUUUCCUGUCCGUUCUCCGUGGUCACAUGACAGGUGGAGGUUUGCAGUGACAGUUAUCUUAUAGACAUGGCAGAUAGUGUUGGGCAUGAAAUAUAAUGGCCAGUCAGUAUGAAAUGUUUAUUUGUUUGUAAUAAAACUGAUCAGUUUUACUGGGAAAGGUUAGUUUUACUAUGAACUUUGCCCAAAUUUUUCCAUAUCGUUCCUUCUCUGUAAAUUUUAAGUAACUUUAAAUUAGCAAAUAGUCUCAUUCUUGACAAUCUGAAAAUACGAGAGAGAUGGAACAUGGAACAAGCUGUAAUGUUUAAAAUAGUUAAAAUUCUUUUUAUUCUUUUUAAACCAGAAAUGUAACCAAUUUGUCAUGUUUAUUCUUUAUGGUAGUCUUGCAUUUAAAUAUUAACUAACCAUCUUGGCAUAGUAACACUGGAAAAAAUAGUGCUGCUUUUCAUAGCAUGGUGUUUUCAACCUCUUCAUAGUUAAAAGAAAAUGGGACUGCGUCACACAAUAAGAUUUUAAUUCACUACAGAAAAAAGUUUCAAGUGUCCUUGCAAGAAUAAUUCACACUGUAUAGGCAAGUCAUGGGGCUACAAGACCACUUCUGUUGUUCCUUGCUUUGACUUGGUCAUUGGAAAAUCUUUGACUAUGCAAACUAUUCAUUAUUAGGGCAGGAAAAGGACUGUUAUGGUAUGUAGAUAGAGUAUAAAUGAUUAAGGAACUAAAUAAAUAAAGCAGGUAGACAAUACAUGAACAUUCUAAUCACAUACAGUACUGUCUUUCCACAGAUGUUCCCUGCCUACCCAAGACUGCCGUUUCCCCCUCUUCAGCAGCCAACCAGAUAUCCUGCCCCUGCAGAAUCCAACAGGUAGAAAGGACCUUGAAAAUUCCUUUUGGCUCUAGAUGAUUAAGCUGGUUUGCAUUGCUUAUUUUUCAGGUUUUUAUUUUUUUGCAGAAACAGCAAUUUUUUCUUUGCCUGGUUAACUUUUCUUUAGUGAUAGUCAUGUUAAACGCAGGAGCAGUACUCUCUGCACCAGCAUUAACCACUUUGCACCAGAGUUUUUCUUUUGUACUUUAUGCUAAAGGACAUGCAAAAACAUCUUGAGCAUGACCGUGUUCCUUCUGAAAUUUGAGGCUUCGUCUGUCCACUUAGAUAUAUUCUACUACCAUGCCCAGGAACAACUUGAACUAAUGUAAAAUAAAAACUAGAAUUUUGCUUGCAAUUUGAUUAUCACACUGUAUAAUGAAUCUGCCUACUUUUUAAAGCUUCAAUUGAUAGAGCAAUUUUUUCCAGGAAUGCCAGAACAAGACCACCACAGUCAUGGGUUACUGCAGGUGUUGAACGUCCUAGUAUCAUUAGUGCUAAUGAGCUGAAAGAGCUGGACAGCUUAGACACCGAAGCAGAUGAGGGCUGGGCAGGUAAGCAUAUAUCCAGAAACUCUGUAUAUCCUGGCUGUACCUGGACCGAAAAGGACUGUAUUGAUAAACUGGUUUGCAUUUGUUAAUAAUUGUUGAUAAAUGCAAUUAGAACCAGGUUAUCUCUUUUGUCAUGUUUAACUACAUUAUGGUGCUGCUGCAACUGUAAACAUGAUGGUGAAAACUGAAGUAUUAUUUUAUUAUUUUUUUACUUUUAUUUUCUUUGUCCUUUGCGAGGGACAUGGUCCUGAGAAUGAGUUUAAAUGCAACACCUUAGAAAUUGCAGCUUCUGAAACAGCAUUGCUUCUGGGUGGCAAUCAGAUACACUAGUUAUUUGCUUUCUGUUUAAUUAUCAGUAUUGUCCCUCUUUGUUUUCAAAUUUCUGCCAAUUAAGUUAGUACUGUACAAGGAAGGAUACAUCUUUUCACAUAAUUAUUAGAUGUCAUAUGAGUGAGCAGAUAUAUGCAUAACAAUAUAGUUCCCGGAAAUCCCCUGUUUCCACAAUAUGCUCCAGGUCGUUAGACACACAUUUUGGAGUCCUGACUUACUGUACAUGUUUUUGUUUUACUUUUUGAACACUCAAAGUACCAUAACUGCUACAGUGUACUAUAGUAGAUAUAGUACCACUCCUGGGUUUGUAGAGUGUACCUACUUCUUUCAGAAAGCAGAUGGCUUUCUGCCUGAACCACUACAGCACAUUACAAGGACAUGCAUAAUUUUGAGUCAACUGUCUCAUUCAAAAGCUUUCACUUUGACUGAGACAGUUGUCUCACUCUGUAGGCUGAAACAAAUAGGUCAAUAUGGAUAUGCGUGGUUUUUUUUUUACCUGCUUCUUCUUUCUUGUACUUUCCACACCCACUCCAGAAGGGACGCUGAUCAGUGUCCUAUUCCUAGUAUUACUGGAAAAGUGCAUUGGGCACACCUUAUAGAUGUGCAGUUGUAAGAGCUCUUUACCUUGCAACAUUCUGACAAGGGAAAAACGGGAGUCUGUGAUUAUGCAGAGCAGGCUUCGAUUUUUAUUUUUUAUUUUUAUUUUUUUAUUUUUUUUUCCUCUCCUGCUACUGCACAAUGAUGCCCUGCUUCUGUCAUUAGUGGACUUGUCUGAAUCUAAAGUGGGUUGGGAGGGUGCUGAAGAAACUCUCCUAGUUGUGCCCAAUAAUGCAUUCUGACAUUUAUAGUAAGUUUAUAAAAACAUUUAUUAAAUACUUUUCAAACUUUUCCUUGCUUUAUUUAAGUUUGUAUAUUUGUUUAAAUGUGUUUGCUGGUUUAUUUUUUUUAUUUUUUUCAUAUAAAUUCUUUUAUUCAAUUUCUUACAUAAAUACAAAUAUCAGCACAACACCACAAAUCACAUAACAUCUUUACACCAUCAAAACAUUCACAAUAGACAAACAAAUUACACUAUUAUCUGCGGGAUCAGGCUAGUAUAAGAAUGUGUCUUAGCUCAGGACUCUUACUCUUCAAGCAUUACCAGAUCUAAUGGGUAUCUGUUUAAUUUAUAUAGUAGGUUCUAUUUUAUUAACCCAUCUUUGCCAUAGAUCCCUUCUUUUUGGGGAAUUCAAAUACGGUAUACUUAGGUCUUUUUCCAUCCUCAUCUGAAGGAUGAUUUGAUCUUUAAUGGCAUCCCAAUAAACUGCUUGAUUUGUGUUUGCUGGUUUAAAACAUUGUCACCUGAUUCAUGUUUUCUUAUUUGAUCUCAAUGUAUGGUGUUUUUGUUCCUUCUACAAUUUGUAGGAGCUCAAAGUGAAGUGGAUUAUACGGAACAGCUGAACUUCAGUGAUGAUGACGAACAGUCUUCCAGUCACAAAGAUAAAACUGAGAGCUGGUAAAUCUACCUUGCGUCUUUGGCUCUUUCCUAGCUAUUUUGCCUACUUCCCUUUUAAAGUAUGGCUGACCAGUUUUUGUGUUGUACAUUGGCUCGCUCUAAGCAAUACAACUCUGUAGAAUUUCUGCACAUAGGUACUGCCUCUUUUUUGAUAACAUUAGUUGAGUGUGCUAGGGCGGGUUAACAUAAUUCUCUUGGCAAAUUGGCUCCAUCCAGGUCUGCAGAAAUUGACAUGGAUGGUGAUACCUGAUGUUGGGUAAGAGCCAUGGUUGAACUCCAAACUAUAAACAAGCUAUUGUGGAGCCCUUUUAACAAUAAGUAAACUGUUUAAUUUGACUCUUAAUUUUUUUUUUAAUUUACUCCUACUUUACAUAGGGGUGAAAGGAUUGCCAAAACUGAGCAAAUUCAAGAAAAUACAAAUGAAGACUCAGAAGGUCAAACCCGCAAAGAAACAGAUGAGCGAUUGGUCACUACUUCUCCUGCAGCUUUGGGUCCAAAAACACUACUAGGCAAAGCUCCUUCUCUUGAUACCCAGGUUUGUUUGCUUACUAAGCAAUAUUUAUAGUUAUGUGCUUUGGGCCUUCAUAUAAGACAUUAAGGCUUAGCGCACCACCUAGUACAGCAAUGGUAAAUGUUGGAAUUACAAAUCUUGCUAUUCUUUUCAAUGGUAACGUGCUACCUAAUUAUACCAUGUGUCAUUAAAUACCAUUUCACCAAACCUUUGAUCAGAUUUUUAGAAUUAAGGCUCCUCUAUAACACAAUUUUAUUUUUGUCAUUUAAAGGAGCACUAUAGAGCAAGGAAAACAAACUGUUUGUUAGGGUUAUUGGUCCCACCCCCCCCCACCCCUCGGAGCCCACCUCCCGAUGGGAUGAAGGGGUUGUGCUGGUGUCCUCUCUUCCCCCUGCCGACGUCUGCUCCCGAGUGGAGCCGAAUGCAGAUGCACGGUCAUAGGUGUGCACGCAUUCAAACUGCCCAUAGGAAAGCAUUGCUCAGCAUGGCUUGAUUAGCCCUCAAUGUAAACAUAAACUGCAAUGUUUUCAGCUGCAGGGUUAAAACUAGGUUGUCCUGGCACCCAGACCACUUCAUUGAGCUAAAGUGGUCCUUUAAGUUUAUGCUGUAAUUGAAAUUUCUGACUUUUUUUGUUUAGAAUUCAGCAGAUGACAGAUUUGUCAUUAAUAUUUUAUUUCUUCUCUACCUCCAAUAGGACAGGCGUCAAAUGCCACCACCUCUCUUGGCUCUUGAUAAAGGAAUUCCACCCUUGCUGCAUACGAAAAAUGCACCUCCACAGGUUUGGUUAUAGAAUGCUCAUCUGGGAUUUUAUUGUGCUUACAUCUUCCUAUCUGGGGAAUUUUGUUGGGGAAUAGACUCUUAAUGGAACACUCCAAGCACCAUAACCACUACAGCCAGAAAUGGUUGCUAGAGUGUCAAACCGGAAAAUCCAUUAAAGCUCCAAAGAGCUAAUUUUACAUUUCUCUGUGAACAUGCAACUAGUGGCAGUCAGACAGAAUGACUCCUAGAGGCUCUACUUAAGACCUUAGAAUUGUAAUUAUUUAUUUUUUUUUAAGAUUUUUACAUCAUCCUAUUCCUCUGUGAGAAGGAUUGGAUACAGUGCUUCACUAUGCCAAACAACCAAUUGGCGGAAUUUGGCAAUUGUCAUGGAUACAUCGUGGGCCUGCAAUGCUUCUCCAUGAUAAGCCUUAGAUUAGACCAAUGAUAAUCAGUCCUGAUAAUUAGAGUAGUAUCAUCUACUGUGAGGGGAAUGUCUCAUUGCAGGGUUAGAGGUUAACGUAAGUUUCUUUUUUUUUUUUUUUUUCUCCCCAACAAUUGAGGAUCCAGUAUCUUAAAAUGCAAAACUCUUAACAUCAAAAAAUUAUAAAUUAAAUCAGUCUGGUUCAGUAUAGUCUUCGCUUAAAAACCUCAUUGGAUGAUUUUCAUUGAGCGUUAAAUAUAGUAAAACUAGCACCUAUUAUAAAAUCCUCUUUAGAUAAAGAAAAAAAUAAUGGGAUAAUGUAUUGGCAAUUAAUGUGUGCAGUAUAGUAUUUGUAUCUCUAAAGGGGCACGCACAUGUGUAGGGUGCACUGUGUAGCCUUUUUUACAGUGAAUUCUGCUGGGUCUGUUUAAUCAAAACCAAUGGCGUCUUUUUUUGUUUUGUUUGUUUUUUUUUGUUUUUGUUUUUUUAAAUAUUUAUUUUCUUGGUUUUCCCCAGCACUCUACUCAAGGACGCCAAGUUGCUGCAAGUAGACCGGGUGCUUUACCAUCACGCCCCAGUGAGGAUGAAGUGUGGAAGCAAAGACGCAGUAGGCAGCCAGCAGAAGUUUCAGCUGCGGUGGAGAGAGCACGCAAGAGGCGCGAAGAAGAGGAACGCAGGAUGGAAGAGCAGAGAAAAGCUGCAUGUGCCGAGAAAUUAAAGCGCUUGGAAGAAAAGCUUGCAGCUUCAUCUGCAUCUGCUGCAUCUUCUGAGAAACCUUCAUCUGAGAAACCUCCUGAGGAGAAAGCAACUCCUGAAGAUUUACCUGCCGAAUCUAUGCCUGAAGAGGAGAAAGCUCCUAGUGAGAGUGAGGAACAGAUAAAAGUAGAGCCUGACAGAAUAGAGUCACCUGCACAACUAGAGGCUAAAGAAGAAGAAGAAGAAGCAGCUAUUCAUAUUGAAGAACAAUUACCUUCUCAAGACUGUGGAGGUGUCACUGUUUUGAAAGAGAAAGCAUCAGAUAUAGGUAUCUUUAUCAUUUGUCACUUAAUCAUGGAUAUUUUUUGUAUUUUGACAGGAUUAUGUUGUUGCAAAUGUUUUUACAAAUAUAUUUUAAACCAAUGGUGUUUAUGAUCAGUAUUUUAAAUUGUUUUUAUUUUAAUUUCACAGAUGAAGGCCCACACUUUGACAGGCGAGAGAGCACUUCAAGUGAAACUGAGAGCGCAACAGUACCGAUUCCGCUCCCAACCACUGUCUCUAUCCUUCAGCCCCCUUCAAUUCCUCCACCCACGACGCCUCUCCCACCCUCCGCUUCUCCAAUACCAGCACCUGUGCUGACCCACGAGAAUGAGUCGGACCCAGGUACCCAACAGCGUCCCUCAGUAUCCUCUGGCUAUUCAAAGCAGUUCCAGAAAUCUCUGCCCCCAAGAUUUCAGAGACAACAGGUAAAUAAAUUCAGUGUUCUAGCCUUUCUUAAUUACUAAAAUUCUCGAUUCUCCUUAUGAAUUUUGUAGUCUUCCUCGUUUUUUUUUUUGUUUGUUUUUUUGUUCCGUAAUAACCUCCUUUAAAACAAAUGUUCAACAUUGCACCACAUAUUUAAAAUCAGGUUUUAUAAUUGAUUUGUAGAAAAAAUGUACUUAACUGAAAUUGCUCCCAUACACAUUAAAUACACCAUAUAUCACAAAGAUACAUGGUGUAUUAAAUGUAAAAUAUAAAUAUUUACUCUCUUUUCUUCCAAUCUAGCGCAACUUCAUGCAAUACCCACAUUUUGGCCACCACCGCUCCACCUGGAGUCCUUUUUCAUUUGUCAGCUUGGGAUGAAUCCCCAAGCAGUACAAAUCUUGUCUGUGACUUGCAAAGUAGCCAGCAUGCUGAUGUGUGAACGGAGUUAGGUCACUCCAUUGCCAGUGUACGAAGUUCCAGCUAGGGAAUUUCCAUAGCAACCACAGUGCAUGCGCUGUGGUUGCUUUGGGUAAAGAGCAGAGGGACCUCCUGUGGGGGUCUUUUUUACUCUCCCUUGUAGGUCAAUUGACUGACAGGUGGGAGAAAAAACUCUUUAUUUAGGUUCUCUCCUAAUUUAUACAUUUGCUAGGAAAACUGUUAGCACAAUGUAUAGAUAAAAUGUUAUGCUCAAUGAACAGAAGUUGUUUGGGGCAUGGCAGGUUAAUACCCUUUCAUUCAUGACAAUACCAUAUAGGCCUUUAUAACGGCUGGCUGGCAUUGCACAUUGUUGUCUAACAAUUCCCUAGUGCUUCUCAUUUAUUUAUUUUUUUCCCUUAGUGCAAUAAUUUGUAGAGUAAAAUAAGUUUGACUUACUCUAAAUUGAUAAUAUUGCUUUUAUAUACAUUCAAUUUCAUAUGCCACUUGAUUGAUCAGAGCUACAAUUUAUCCAUACCCAUCUGUUGAGAAUUAAGAUCCUACUUACACCGGAUUAACUAAUGAUGUUUUGUGUCAUCUGCAAACCCUUACAGGUACAUUUAACGCCAAUUGCAAAUUCAUUAAUAAAGAGAAGUUGACUAUGCAACAUAUGUCCAACUUAAUAAAGUUUUGACCAUUGGAUAAUGUUGGACUAUAGUUCUCAUUAUCUGAAUUAUACAUGUAGAAAGCAUUGUUUUCACUGCCAUAGAAAGGCUGUGCUACCAAAUAGUGUCAUUCUAUGUAAUUUUGGGUUUAUAAGUGAUGCUUAAUCACUGCUAUAGUAAAACACUUGAUAGAUGAAGUAAUGUGAAACUCAGUCCUGAAUUCAUACAUUUUAGGAGCAGAUGAAGCAGCAGCAGUGGCAACAGCAGCAGCAAGGAGUUAUUUCUCAGAAUACUCAGUCACAGCCAUCUAGCAGUCCCGUACCACCUCCUCAACACAGGCCACUUUAUCAGCCCUUGGGACCACAUCCUCCACAUUUAACUUCUAUGGCCUUUGACCCUCGUUGGUUAAUGAUGCAACCUUACAUGGAUCCCCGUAUGAUGUCUGGACGUCCUGCAAUGGAUAUUCCUCCAAUUCACCCUGGUAAGCUAAAAUCCAUAUUGGUUAGUUUAAUUUUUGAGAAAUGCAACUGUAAAAGUGUAAUGUUAUGUAUUAGUCCUCAUGUUUUUAAAACGUACCAUAUUUAUUCACAGGAAUGAUAGCAACUAAGCCAAUCAUUAGACGUGAACCCACUGAGGGCCUGUCAGCUGCCUCUGAACCUUAUGAGCACAUAGCUCGGCCUGUUAGAGACCAUGGCGUUCCACUCUCAGAACCCCGUAUAAUGUGGGGAGCCGAGCCUUAUCCACAUCAAGACACUCCGCAGGUUACAACAAAAGCACCAGAAGAAGCUGAAGAUUACAGGUAGGCUACUCCCUAAACUGUUAAAAUACAAUUCUUGGGGGGAGGGGGCAGGACUCGGGAGAUUACGUUGUUAUAGUGCCUACAGUGUUACUUUUGCUGAAAUUUGUCAAUUGUGUGUUAACCCUCAUGUGAUUUACAGUGCAUGUUUUACAUAGUUCUAUUUUCCCUUUAUUUUAAGUUUUUGACAUCUGUUGAGCACAUUUUAAAAACUGUUUAGCUUCACUUUCAGUUAGUCAGUCUAAAAAUAAGUUUUGGUUAAUGUUAUUUAUUUUCUCUUUAAAGAUCUGAAGGUCCUGUGGAGCAGGACGUUGUCUCUGAAACUUAUGCGAUAGAACAUAACCAAUUUGACCAACAACCCAAAACUGAAUUUUACUCCAGACCUCGAGAGACAGAACUUCAUAGUACACCAACCCGGCCACCAGAGCCUGCUCCACUAAUUCAGCCUGAAGAGCAAGAAACAGCAGUUUCUAGGUUUGAUCAGCCAGAAAAGCAUGCCUGUUUAGAAGAUAAUACAACUCAGAUUGACAUGCAACCUGUCUUGACUAGAAGUCUUUCUACUGAGUCUUCACACACCAUUAAACAGGAAGAAAGGAGGUCAGAUGCAGUGCAGUUGAACUGUAAAGUUUCUAUUAGGCCACCUGAACCAGCAAAAGAAAUAGUGGAGGAAAAAGCAAGGAAGGACAUUUUCCAGAAUCCAAAGCCAUCUGAGGUCUCUAAAAUAGAUAAGCCUUUUAAAUCAAAAUCUGAAACUAGGUGGGGUCCCAGGCAUGGAUCUAGAGGCAGAGAUGAAGGCAGUGAUAGACCUGUGAGAAGGUCUGGUCCAAUUAAAAAACCUAUUCUCAGGGACAUGAAAGAGGAAAGGGAACUAAGGAGAGAAAAGGAAGAAGAAAGGUUUGGUCACGAGAAGCAUAUAAAAUCAGAAAAAGUGGAAAGAAAAUCUCCUCCAAUUCUGCCUGUUCCUGGUCCUCCUGUAUUGGUCAACAAGACUGAGCAAGAUAAACUAAUUCCAGAAGCUUUGGUACCUAAAAUGUCACAAGCAACCACAUUGCAUUCAGAAAAAUCUCCUGAAAGACCUGAGCCCAUGCCACCACAACAUGUAGUCCAACCAGCUACAGUCAAUCAACCAAGUAAAGAGGACAAGAUUAUACGAAUAGUCAACAAGGAACAUCCUUCUGACAAACCCAAGCCAGAUUUAAGGCCACCACUCUCCUCCCAGCCUCCACCUGGGACAGUACCUCAUAGACGAGAGCCACUUUUACCCCCUAGGGCUUACAGAAAAGAAGCCAGAGACAGAGACUGGUUUCCUGAUCAAGGAUAUAGAGGUAGAGGCCGUGGAGAAUACUAUUCCAGAGGAAGAAGUUAUAGGGGUUCUUAUGGUGGACGUGGACGAGGCGGCAGAGGGCAGAGUCGGGAUUAUCCACAUUAUAGAGACACCAAACCACGAACUGAGCAAGUUCCACCUGGAGCCAUGAGACGUAGGGAAGAAAGUGAAACCCGCAGUGAGAGUUCAGAUUUUGAGGUAGUACCAAAGAGGCGUAGACAACGUGGCUCUGAAACUGACUCAGAUAGUGAAGGCAGAGAGAGUGCAAGCGACACCCCUCUAUCUGACAAGGAGAGUUCCACCAGGAGUAAACCUCAUAGAGAUGAACGAGCAGAAGGAAAAAGGGCACCAAAGUCUGUUUCAGCAGUCAAGUCUGAGCCUGGGGUAUCUAGGUCUGAUGUUAAGAUUCAAGAAAGGCCAUUUUCAAGAGAUGAGGACUCCAAAACAAAGCCUGGCUUCCUUCCUAAAGGUGAACCAUCAAGAAGAGGCAGGGGUGCUGGUGGUUUCCGUCGUGGGGGUAGAGAACCUGGAAUGCGUCCAACUCGACCCCCUCCGCCAAGGAGAUCUGGAUAUCGUGAUAAUCAGUGGAUUCCUAGACAACAGGAGUCUAGACCACACCUACCACCUAGAAUGGAUGAAGUGGAAAAUAGACAUAAUCAGGAUCACCAAGCUCUUCCUUCAGGAGAGAAGAGGCCUCCACUGAAAUUUGAGAGGAAGUUUGAUCCAGCUAGAGAAAGACCCAGAAGGCAAAGGCCUACUCGACCACCUAGACAAGAUAAGCCUCCUAGGUUCAGGCGUUUAAAAGAACGAGAAAGAGAGGAUGCUGGCAAGACAUUAGAAGCUACCAGUGCCACCAGUCAAACAGUGCCUGCAUCAAAAAUAGUGCAUGAGGUUCCUUCAGAUUUUUCUGGUAAUAAAACCCCAGAUUUAUCUAAUCAUAACUCCUCGGACCAGGCCAAUGAGGAAUGGGAAACUGCCUCAGAAAGCAGUGAUUUCAACGAGAGAAGGGAAAGAGAUGAGAGGAAAGCAGCCACAUCCAUGAAUACCCAGUCUCCUGCACCAACAAAGAUAUCGGAUGGUUUGGCCCAAUCUCCACCUAAAAGAGAGAGUGCAAAAAGGAGCUUUUCAAGUCAGCGACCUGGCAUGGAUCGUCAGAACCGUCGUAAUACUGGUGCUCCCAAACCUGGUAGACAUUAUUCGGGGCCCAGAGGUGAUAGGCGAAGUGGAACUUCUUUACAGAGGGGGAAAAGAGGGUAAGUGCUUUUUAAUACCUAAGCUUUGAAUGCAAGAUUUUCCAAAUAGAUUUCAAGGUUCAUAUGAACUUUUGCUACUCCUGUGACUUGGCUAAUGGGGAUGUGAGUCUAUUUGUUAGUAGUUCAAACAUAUGCUGACAAUCUUAGGCUUGGUGUUUUGCCACACAUGCACACUAGCCUCUCAAUGCUUUCCUAUGGGAAAGGUUUGGAUUGGCUGAGAUCAUAAAGACUGAUAAUCUCAGCCAUGGUAAUGGAGAAAAAGUAAGUAAAAUCACCUUUUCAAUGGAAUCUGAGGGGGCCCAAGGACCUAAAUAGCCACUCCAGGGCUAUAGUGUUAAAAUAGGAACACAUUAUAUAGUGUUCCUUUAAUUCUAACUUUAGUGUGCAUUAGAUUGCUAAGCUCUCCCUGUAAAUUUAUUUUGGUUGUUUUUUUGUUUUUUUUAAGUAUAAAUCGAUGCAGCUACUUUUCUUUCAUGUAGUUACUGAGCUGAUUUCAGCUGCUGCGCAAUUUUACUAUAUUUUUUUCCCCUAUGUGAGCAUGCUGGAAAAUCUAUACAAGCCAGAUAGGUUAGACAGUAAUUUUUCAUACAUGUUUACAGUAAAGUGCUGUAAGCUUAUCUGGGCAACCAAGCGAUUUCAAAGAUGUGGUUUUUGGUAGCCUUGUGUUUUUCUUCUCUUUUAGUAGCUUUAAUAAUUGAAUGCAGUUGAACUAUAGCCACCUCUAUUCGUGAAACAAGAUGUUUUCUAGUUUGUCAUAGCUAAAUUUACAAAAGCUUGGAUAUAUUUAAGUGUUCAGAAUAAUGUUUUAACCCCUUAAGGAUGGCGGGCGUGCUGUUCCGUCCUUGGGGACCCGUCUCUAAACGCGGGCGGCAUAGCACGUCCCCGCCGUCCUAUGUACUUACCCGGUCACCGGCAAUCGCAGUGGAGGUACUCACCUGGCAUCCCAGGGAGUCUCCCUUCUGCCAUUCCUGCCCUUCUGGGCCAUGUGAUCGUGAGGUCCUUGCAAGGACCUCACAAUCACAUGGACGGCAUAGCCGUCCAUAGCAGUGCCAGCAGGGGGAUUGCCUGUAAUUAGAGUCCCCCUGCCGCCUGUAAAAUGUGGGGGAAAAAAAGUUAAACAGUUUAAAAUAAAAUUAUAUAUACUUAGAUCAUAUAUAUGACGAUGUAAUUGUGAUACGUUUUACUGUUUUGAAACACUAAUAUUUGUGUUCAUCGAAGUCUCCUGAGUAUAACUGUACCUGUCAUGUACUGGUUUUAUGGGGUUUACAAAAGUUAGUCAAAUAUAAGGCUUGCGUUUCAAUUUUUUUCACAUUGAAGUAAGCCAGGUUGGUUACGUUGCUUUGAGACCGUAUGAUAGCCCAGGAAUGAAAAUUACCCCUAUGAUGGCAUACCAUUUGCAAUAGUAGACAACCCAAGGUAUUGCAAAUGGGGUAUGUCCAGUCUUUUUUUUUUUUUUUUCAGUUAGUCACAAACACUGGCCGAAAUUUGGCAUUCAAAUUAGUUUUUUGCAUUUUUCACCCACAAAUAUUAACACUAACUUUGGCCAGUGUUUGUGACCAAGUGGCUACUAAAAAAGACUGGACAUACCCCAUUUGCAAUACCUUGGGUUGUCUACUUUUGUAAAUGGUAUGCCAUCAUGGAGGUAAUUCUCAUUACUAGUCUAUCUUACGGUCUCAAAGGCAACGUAACCAAGCUGGCGAAUUUCAAUGUGAAAAAACGGAAAAAUUUAACAUGCUAUAUUUGACCCUGUAACUUCCCAAAACACCAUAAAACCUGUACGUAAGGGGUACCGUUUUACACGUGAGACAUCGCUGAAUACAAAUGUGUAUUUUAUUGGAGUGAAAGCAAACAGUUCUAUGACAUUCACAGUUAGAAUGUCACAUAGAACUAAAAAAAAAGUGUUUCAAUUCUUUUCUCCCAUUUUUUUAAAAAAUAUUUUCAUGUUAAAUUGUUUUAUACCUAAAUAUUUGAUGUUAAAUGAAAACCCUGUUUCCCCUGAAUAAAAUGAUAUAUAAUAAGUGUGGGUGCACAUAAUAUGAAAGAGGUGAAUUAUGCCUGACUAGACAUAUAGCGCAAUUUUUUGUUUAAGUUUUGUUUUGAUCACAACAUGUACAUUUGGCUCAGCCCUUAAGGGGUUAAAGUGACGUUCAGGUGACUGUUUUUUUUUUUUGUUUGUUUUUUGUUUAUAUGGCUCUAGCUUACAUGUAAUAUACAAGUUUGUCUUUCUGGUGUUGCAGCCAAGAACAUUAGACCCCUUGUUUUACCAUAUUAUCUUAUUGUAGCUCUGUAUUUGAAAAGUUUCUUUUAAAGGAAAACUAUAAGGUCAGUAAUACAAAUGUGUAUUCCUAACCUUACAGCGUUAAAAAUAUUAAGGUGGCCGGUCCCCAUUAAAGCUGUAAAAAUCUGAGAGACCAACACUGCACUGGCAAAUCAGUAUUUCUUCAUAGAGAUGCAUUGUGUUAAAGGGACACUGUAGGCACCCAGACCGGUUCAGCUAAUUGAAGUGGUCUGGGUGCAGUGUCUUUUUUGCACCUAGUGCUGCAAUGUUUACACCUAGUGCUGCAAGUCCACCUUCAGUGGCUGUCUAUCACUACCACUAAGUCUGCUCUGAGUGGCUGUCUACCACUAGAGGGCUUUCUGACUCAAAACGGAUUUUGGUCUGUUAUCUGACGCUGGACGUCCUCACACUAUGCAUGAGGACCUCCAGCAUCCGUCCCCCCAGAUAGUGUCCCUUUAAACUAAUACCGAUAAUUAGACAUCAAAUAUUGAUGACCUCAGAAUGCAAACUAUUCCAUGGUUUCCAAUGUGUUUAAUGAUAAAAGGUCAAAAUCAAAUGGAACUGUCUUAAAAUUAUGCGAAAUAAUCAACUAAUGGCAUAUCUAUAGCCAGUUGCAUUUUCUGUAUAGGACUGGUUGCCUAGCGUUUAUAUAUGUUAAUAAGGAAGCAAAACUAUAAUUUAACAUUUUCACCAAAUACCAAUUUGAAAUACCUUUUAUUAUAAUCAUUAUUCAUUAUUUAAAUAUUUUCUAAUGUAACUUUUGUUUACAUUUUUAAAUAGUCUAUGUGUUCAUCUCUUUUGGGAAAAAUAGAUUAAGAUUAUUUUCUUGCAGACAAAUUGAUGACCAAGCCCAAACUUCAGUACCUAUGGACUCUAGUGCCAACAGUAAUUCUCAUCACUAUCACUACCACUCUUACCAACACUCUGAAGAUGUUGGGGGUGCCUCAGGCCAACAAAGGGGGGGAUUCAAGGAAUCAGCUGGCAGAAAGAAAGAUGACCCUAAGACGGUUGUCAAGAAGACUAAAGAAAAAGUGGAUGCCUUAUCACAAUUUGACCUCAACAACUAUGCAAGUAUGUUGCUUUGUAAUAUGUAUCAAACAUGACUUGAUUAAAAAAUUAUGUAAAUGCCACUGUUCAUUUAGCUUUACAAUCACAUGCACUAUAUGGGUAAUGCACACCUACUGUCCUGUUGUAUCAUAGUUUAAAACCUAAAAAGAGCACUCCAGAAACCAUAACCACUACAUCCCACUGUAGCUUUAAUGGUGGCAGGAGUGCAUUGUCUCUUUUCUAGAGUAAGUAGCCAGACCAUUUAAAAACAGUUUGAAAGGUUAAUUUGUGUGAAACAAUCUGCACAGUUCUACUUCUAGCUCUAUAAUUGAACUAGAGCUCAAAAUUUCCACUAGCUAGUGGCGUCUGAGAAUUUAGCACUGGCAAGUAGAAAUUAAUCCCUGGUGUGUUUGCCAUGGGCUCGGCAGGCUUCCAGUUGCUAAUAACUUUUCUUAAAGGACCACUAUAGUGCCAGGAAAACAAACUGUUUCCUGGCACUACGGUGCCCUGAGGGUGCCCCCACCCUCAGGGUCCCAAUCCCGUGGCGCUGAAGGGAGAGGAAAGGGUUAAUCCCUUACCUUUUUUCCAGCGCCAGGCUCCCUGAAACUGCUAUGUUUACAGCAGAAACGGUUAAACCUAGAUGGACCUGGCACCCAGACUACUUCAUUAACAGAAGUGGUCUGGGUGUCUAUAGUGGUCCUUUAAGGUGACAACCCUUCUCCAGAAAGUAAAUGAUCUGUGUAGUGACUGCCUAAUUCCAUUUCAGGUGUUGUGAUUAUUGAUGACCAUCCUGAAGUAACAACCCUUGAAGACUCACAGUCCAAUCUCAAUGAUGGUUUCACAGAAGUGGUCUCUAAAAAGCAGCAGAAGCGCCUGCAAGACGAAGUGCGCAGAAAGAAAGAAGAGCAAACGGUACAGGUAUAAACGAAGAUUGGUGCUUGAACGUUCCAAGCAAAGUACCAAUAACUGAAAAAUUUAAUUGGGGGGUGGGUGACACUCAUUUUGGUUUUUGUUGAAUUUGCAGUAUUUUCAUAGACCGUAAUAUACAAAAGUCACCCCUGGGGUAUGGAAGCAUUUGUGUAAAAAAGAAAAUGUGCGUGACUUAGAGCUGCUUGGAUCACUACAAGCUACAGUCCCCGCAUCAUCAGACAGAUAAAAAAACGGGACUUUAUGGUGUUGCAUGUUUAAUUGCAUAGGUGACAACUGUGAUCUGCCUUCUUUGGUUCAGGCUUUUUAUAAUUUGGAUCAGUAACUUCAGUGCUUAAAAGGACACACUCUACGGCCUAAAUGCGAAAAAAACUAGAAUGCUAUUUAAUAUAUAUACACACCAAUGAAGACAUCCAUGCAUUAACUUGUGCAUUGGGGGUAUAUCUAAAACGGCUAUCAAGUCUCAACUGCUGCUUCUGCAAGCCUACCCCUUCUGAGCACGCCUAGAUUUUCUAUAGCUGUCCAAUCAGACUUUCUAAUGCAGCUCAAUGAGAAGUCUUUACUUGCCUGCCUUUUCAGUUUAGCUCCACCAAGCUAAACUACCAAAAAGUAACAGGGGCCCCCAAGGGGUGAAACAAGUUCAAUUUAGAAAAGUGCCAGUCUGUACUGAAAUCUGUGCUUAUUGUAAAAGAAAUAGAGGACACACUCAUCACACAUAAGCAAGCUAAAGUGCAUAAUGCAUUUGGCGUUUUCCUUCAAGGCAAUGCUUACUACAUGUGCUGGUGAGUGAUGUUUAUUAACUAACCUGACUGUGAGCAUGUUAGAAACUUUAGUUUUUUGUUUUUCAGGUCUGGAACAAAAAGGGGUCAGGUGAGAAAGGGAGAGGUCAGAAUUCCAAGCUUCCUCCCAGAUUUGUGAAGAAGCAGCAGCAGCAAGCAGCAGCACUGCAAGCACAGUCCUCUGUGAUAUCUACUCCACUGAAUACUGCCCCGCCUACUGCAUCUGCACCAGCUACAAAUCAGUCUCCAUCUGUACAAUCCCAGACCUCUGCAAGCACGGCCACAAAUGGCUCAGAAUUUACUGGACCUGUCAAAGCUCCACUACCUUCACAGCCACCUAGCACUCUUGGUACAGAGUUGUGGGAAAAUAAGAUGGCUGCUACAAAUGUUCCAAAUGAUAUAUCUAAGAAAUGUAUGUAUCUAAUUUAACCCUAGUUUAAAGAAAAUCAAACUUGUGCAUAAAACAGUUUGCAAUGUGUAGCGUUCCUGAAUAAGGAAAAAAAAAACAUUAGAAGCAGUGCUAGAAAUAGAAAGGACUUUGUCCUGUUUAGAUAAAAUAAGAACUGGGGGAAAAAGUAUAAUUAACAUAACAUUCCCCUGCCUCUUUCUAUUUCAGUGGGUAUAAGUCCUCCUCAACCACCAUCCUCCAGUGCAUGGAAUAAACCUCUUACAGGAUUUGUGCCAACUACAAGUGAGGUAAUAUAUCGAAGACUUGCCACUACUACCCUCACAUGGUUGUUUACCUAAAAGUGAAUUUCAAAUUUAAAUUCUAACCGCAAUGCUUUCAGUUCAACUGCUCUGCUCUUAGAAAUUCAGUUAGAAUUCACACUUUAUUAAAUAACCCUGUCAGAUUUUGUUGGUAAAAUUAGAGCAGAUUGAUCCAGAUUUUUCUCUCUCUCUCUCUCUCUCUCCACAUUAGUCUUCAAAGAAUGGGCAAGAUGCUACUGUAGACUUGGCUAUGGAAGCUAUACAGUUUGGAGCCCCGGUAUCAAGCAGCAGUGACAAUGAAGCUGCACCUUCUCUCUCAGAAAAAAACAUGGAUUCUUUUCCUGAACCCAAGGAACAGAGGCAGAAGCAGCCUCGUGCUGGUCCCAUUAAAACCCAAAAGGUAAUAAAUGUGACCUACUUUAAUUUAUAGUUUCACAAUGUUUCUUUCCUAGCUCAGUAUCUCACUGUUCUGGAACUGCAAUGCACAUGAUUUUGUGAGCGUCUUAAAGCUGUACUUCAGGCUUUCUAUAAUCUGGAAUUCUCUGUUACAUUGCUAGUUUGCUGUAACAAACUGCCAAACUGAACUACCGGACAGACAUUUACGUGUGAACGUUUUAGGUUUACAUAAUUGGGUGUGUAUAGUGUUUCUGAUUGUGAUUGUGCAGGGCUAAGCUUAUAACAACCAUUGAUAACUUCUAAUGCAUUUUAAAAAAAUGCUAUGUUUAAAAUUAUAGGGUAUACCAAAAGCAUAUGAGAACUGCACAUUCAUAGUUAAGUACAUUUUGCUAUUCAAGAUGCACUACACUUCUUGCCAAACUAGACUUAACAAUAUAGAGAAGAGUUAGAUUUAAUGUUUUAACACUAUGUAUAAAUUUAAUAAGCAUUUACUUGGCUAUGAAGACAUUGAUCAGAAGAUAUUCCUGUUUCCAAAGAUUCCAGAUCUCAGUCUAAUUCCAAGCAAAGAAUAUAAACCAGGGCCCAUUGGUAAAGAGCGAUCUUUAAAGAACCGUAAAGUAAAAGAGGUGCAGCAGGCAGAGCCAGAGAUUCAGGAGAAACAGAUUCCAGCAGCUGUACGAACUCCAGAACCUGCACCAUCAAAGGAGGUUAAAGCAGUGGCAGAGGUGAACUCUGAAAUCAGCAGCAUGCUGUCAGUCUCUGCAGCGGAGUUUGGUGCUACAACAAAGGUAGAUUUCCACAAAACCUUUAAUGAACAAAAUAAAAACAGCAAAUAUAUAACUGGAACUGCUUUUCAACAACCUGACUUGACUCUUGUCAUAUUUGUUUGUCCCAGGAAUCUGUAACUGAUUAUACCAGCCCAUCCAGUGCCCUUCCAAAUGCAGCAUCUUCUGGCAGCAGUAAAAUGGAAUCUACUUUGGUUCCAAAUGUAAGUUUGUUUUCUAUUUCCUAUUGCCUGUGUUUGAGUUACAAAACUCAAGAAAGGAUCAUUUGUUCUUACCAGAGCUUUGUUUAACGUUACCUGACACUAGACAGGAGGUUGCUUUUUCUACAAGUCCACACCCAGAUGUAUUGUCUGGGUUUUUAAGUACAUCUACUGGUAGAAGAGUGAAAGAUAUGCUUACACCAUGGAACUCCUUCCUUUGCCAUUGAUUUUUAUUUAUUUUUUGGUCAUGUAAAGGGAAGAUGGCAGGUAUCUUUCAGGUUGCUAUGGAACUAACUCAUUCGAUUAUGCCAGUUUUCCUUUGGGGAAAAAAAUGCAGUUACCUUUUUGAAAUGUGAUGCGUGAAACCUGCCUUUCAGGUACCUUUGCCCCAUGCUCUACCCCUGCCCAGGCGGGAAACUCUUCAGCAGAGCUCAAGCCUAACUCCUGUGUCUCCUGCUACUGUUGACCUCACUCUUAAGGUAUGUUCAGUGGCACAUUUUAGGGGGUAGAGAUAGGCAAUGUUCAUUAUGUUUAAGAGUCAAAUUAAAAAUCAUGUCCUGCACUAACAGGGAUCAAAAUUUCCACCCUCGACCAGAUAUUGUCGAGUAGAAAUUCACCCCUGGUUAGUGUGCCAUGUUUUAGGGCUGGCUAAUAGUAUAAGACUUCAAAUAUUGAGCCCUGAAUUAAUAUAGCCAGUACUAGUUUCUAAAAUGGCUUUUACUAUAUUAGUAUUUUUGCAGUUAAAAGUGUUUGACUUCUGCCUUAUAAUGCCACAUAAUGUGAAUGCAUACACACUUCUUAAGACUUUAUAUGAAAAUUUACCUUCUGCCAAGUUGUAAGCAUAUCAUAUAUUCAUGAGAUUAGUUUGUACAAAGUGUUUUGAUGUCUUCAGGAUUUGGCAUGGAAACAAUGUAUUUAGACUGGAAGAAAGGAGCUUUAGUUAAAAGCAAAGGAGAGGGUAAGAGAGUAAGAACAAAAAUUAUGUGGAAUUCUCUGCGCGAAGAAGUGGUUUUAACAGUGUCUGUACAGCAACUGGAUGAAUUAUUGCAAAAACAUAAUAUUCAAUAUAAUAUUUAAUGUUUGAUAACGGCUCAUUGAUCCAAGGAGAAAUCUGGCUGCCAUUCUGGGUUUGGAUUUUUUUCCUAAUUUGUUGCAAAAAUGUAGGCACUUCAAACUGGAUUUUUGCCGUUUUUUUUCAUCAACAUUAGAAACAGAUGUGAGAGGUUAAACUUGUUGGACGCAAGUUGUUUUUUUUUUUUUUUUGUGUGUGUUUACUUUGAGCCUAUGUAACUGGAAUUGGAGAUCUCAUACCUUGCAUAUUAUCAAGAUACCAUGAGAUCUAUGAUUGCUUUCCCCUUUCAGUACAUUUAGUCUGACUGGUCACCCUCCUGCUUUAAACAAUGCCGUUAACUAUUUUUUAAUAUGCAGUCUUCAGAACUCUUAAAGACCUUAAAAUGUUUUUUCAGAUGGAGUCUGCACGAAAGGCAUGGGAAAACUCUCCAAGUGUUGCUGAUAAGGGUUCCCCAAUCACCUCUUCAGCUCCUCCGAUUACCAGCACACCUGCAGUUGGGGCUCCCACCAACUCCAGCAGUGUGGUAGGCGUGCCACCAACCAACAAUGGAAAUCCUGGACCUCCUGCUCCAAGCACUAUUACAUACAACUCUUUCUCCAAUGCAUCUAUGCCCCCCAUACCUGUAGCUUCAGUUACACCAACAACUUCAUUAGCAGGUAGUUGACUAUUGAAUAUACUUAUUUUACUGGUUGUGGAGGAUGGAAAAGAACCAUUUGUAGCUAGCGUUUAAUCUUACUGUUUUAUAAAUUGUUUUGUUUUUUUUUUCUUAACUAAUUAUUCAGUACAAGAACAAACUUGUGAAUAAGGCUUCCAAGUUAUAUUUUUGAUUCAGGUUUAUUAUAUAAGAUAUGUGAUAUACAUUUGUCUGUACAAAGCGCCCCCAGUAGACAGCCACUAAGGGCAGACUUACUGCUGCAAUGUAAACAUUGCAGUUCUUUGGAACUGCAACAUGUAACAUUGCAGCACUAGGUGCAAAAGGGACACAACACCCAGACCACUUCAAUUAGCUGAAGUGUCCCUUUAGGGUGUCUAAAGUGUCCCUUUAGGGUGUCUAAAGUGUCCCUUUAGGGUGUCUAAAGUGUCCCUUUAGGGUGUCUAAAGUGUCCCUUUAGGGUGUCUACAGUGUCCCUUUAGGGUGUCUACAGUGUCCCUUUAGGGUGUCUACAGUGUCCCUUUAGGGUGUCUACAGUGUCCCUUUAGGGUGUCUACAGUGUCCCUUUAGGGUGUCUACAGUGUCCCUUUAGGGUGUCUACAGUGUCCCUUUAGGGUGUCUACAGUGUCCCUUUAGGGUGUCUACAAUCUUUAUUUAAAAUGUUAACAUUUACCAAAUGCAAAUAAGAUUCAAAGCACCGUUUGUGUCUAUCUUAAAAUAUCUCCAAAAUCCUUAUCUGAAAACUAAUUUUGACCUUUAAGUUCAGACUUUCUUGAUUUGUAAAUAGUAGUAAAAGUGACACAGAGCCUGAUUAGUUAUAGUGAUUUCAAACAUUUGUUAAAAAAAUAAAGGUGUCAUCAGUUCUGCAUAUCUAAUACUAUGUAAUUUGUCUAGGUGCUGGAACUUACACCACAUCUUCCCUUAGCACCAAAACAACCACAACUUCAGAUCCUCCAAACAUCUGCAAGGUGAAACCUCAGCAACUUCAGAGUAAUAACAGCAUGCCUUCUGCAAGCCACUUCUCUCAGCUGAGUUGUAUGCCAUCACUAAUGGCCCAGCAACAGAGUCCACAGGUGUAUGUCUCCCAGUCAGCAGGUGUGCUCUUAUGUUUUUGUUUAGUUUUUUUUGUAAAUGUGUAUUCUAGCUGAUACUUUGUUUAUUACUUGGCUAACCCAGAUUUUUUUCUUUUGGUGGGGCUUAUGGCAGGGUCUGCCGCACAGAUUCCAGCUUUCUAUAUGGACACUAGUCACCUGUUCAACACUCAGCAUGCAAGAUUAGCUGCACCAACUCUAACCCAGCAGCAGGGAUUUCAGCCAGGACUUUCUCAGGUAUGACAAUUCCUUUAUUAACUUUUUCUUUCAUUUAUGAUAAUUGGAGGAGGAGGUGGGUGACUUGUCUUGACAUUGCAAUUACAUUGCUUUGACGGUUAUACUGUUUUGUAUGAAUAAUUUAGCUUACAUUAAAGGGACACUAUGAUCACCAGACCAAAUGCAGUUAUUCUGGUGUGUUUGUCCAUGCAAUUUGAUGUCAAUUUUGAUGAUCUCAGCCAAGGGGGCAGAGCCACCCGAGACAGACCCACACGGCGUUGGAUUAAAGGUAAGUAAACCUCACCUUUAAAAUUGCUUACUAGGGGGAUGGAGGCAUAAAUAGUGUUUUUUCUUAACUAGUGAUCGGAAUACAUAUUUGUAUUCCUGUCACUAUAGUGUUCCUACAAGUGAAAUUACGUUUGAAAGCAUCUUACAUUUACUGUACAUAUAGUAUUCAUUUUUAUAUCCAUAUUUCAAAUAUCUCACAAAUUUUAUAGGCUUCUCAAAUUGUGCCCUGUUUUUUAUGUUUUUUACUCUUUUUCUAAUAAAGAUCCCGAUUCCAAUCUAUGCGCCUCUGCAAGGACAGCAUCAAGCCCAGCUAGGUUUAGGGCAUGGGCCAACUGUCUCUCAAGCCCAAGAGUUGUUCACACCAUCUCUGCAACCAUACAGGUAAAGAGGGCGUUGAUUUUAUUUUAUGUCUGUGGUAAUUAAAACAAAAUAACUAGCAAUUUUAGUGGCAACUCUAGUCUGAAAUUUUGAGUCUCAAGCUGUUCCAAAACACAUCAGACCUGCUGGAGAUGUUUAUAGUGCAUAUGUUUAAAGAAUUUCAAGAAAUGAAUGUCUAAUGUCCAUGUAGAGCUCAGUAGAUGUUUGGGAAAUGUGAUUUAAAAAGCUUGGGUUGUUUGUUAGUCAUUAAGUCUGCAUAUAACUCUUUUAAGUAUAUUGUGCUUUAAAUAUUGAAAGUGUUCACUUACCACCCCCCCUUUUUCAGGUCCCAGCAAGCAUUUUUACAGAACAACCUUUCUCAACCUUCUAUGAUGUUGUCAGGCGCAACCCUACACAAUUUCACUGGUGUCCAACACCAAGAUCUUGCCAAAGCUCAGUCUAGCCUUGCGUAUCAACAGACAACAAACACACAAGCAAUCCCUAUCUUGUAUGAGCACCAAUUGGGCCAGUCUGGUCUAGGAGGGUCACAGCUGAUUGAUACUCAUAUUCUACAGGUAGGCAUUUUGUUUAUGGUUACCAGCUGAAUCUGAUGAUUAAAACAGUGAAAAAUCUAUAUUUUACAUAUAACUCUACGUAAAAUUGAAUGUAAAGUUUAAUACUAAUGUAUCCUUUCAGACACGGCAAGGGUUGGGACAGCCUUCAAAUCUUUACUCAGGGCAAGUACAACAGCCCAGUCAAACCAGUUUCUACAACACAGCGCAGUCUCCAAAUGCACUUCAGCAGGUGAGGGUGCGGUUUAUGGGAUAAGAAACUUUGUCUGCAACUUUUCUCUCUUGAUGGUGGAGUGGGCCGUGCUUUUUGUUUGCAUAGUGCAUACAUUGCAUGUAAAUAUGGAUGAAACCAAUAGAAGGCAAUCCAAAUGAAAUAUUCUUGGUACCUGAUUGCAGUCCUAAUGGAAGUGAUUUUUUUACUUUUAUCUCUCUAAGCCUGUGUCGGCAAUGAGUGGACUCAUGAUGCUCUAUGCACCACACACAAACUGCUUGUGUUGGUUACAGUUGUUAGCAAAAUAAAACACGAGUAUAAUGCACACACUAAAAAAGGGAGAAAGCAACCUGCAGGGUGCUCCAGAAAGGGAUGACUAAUCCCUGGAGACAUCAAAUUGAAGAAAAGAAAUAUCAAGGCACACCUCAGGGUUUUUUUUUUUAUUUGCAACAAGACCUUGAUGAAGGCUCAGAGAGGAAAUGAAACUUGUCUCCAGUUUCUUGUUCCACAUAAAAGAAUGCCUUUCAGUAGAAACAUCAGAUGUGCCUGGGUAUUUAUUUUCUUCCAUUUGUGUUGGUUACACUGAAACUUUUAUAUAUCCAAAUUAUUAAAAAGUUCAAGAAUAGGAAAAAAAAUAUAAAUUGUUAAAUCAUAGUGUAUAUUUUAACCAUAUGAAGGUUCAUCGAGAUGUGUAAACGUUUGUAACGUAAAUUCUGUAGAGCAGUAAAGUUAAGUGGGCACUCCUAUUGUAAUAAUAGGUGCAGUACUGACUUCUAGUGGCAGCGUUUCCACUUAAGUUUUACCAAUAAAACUUUAGACUCUGCUGGACAUCAAGUUUCUAAUCUAAACUAAUGUAUUACUACAUUAGAAGUCUUAAAGGACCACUAUAGUGCCAGGAAAACAAACUUGUUUUCCUGGCACUAUAGUAUUAAUAGGUGCCCCCCGACCCUCCCGCCGGGCUCUUGGGGGAGGAAUUGGUUAAACACUCACCUUUCUCCAUCGCCGGGCUCCCUCGGCGCUGGGGACUCUCCUCCCUCUUCCGCCGAAAGCGCGGCAAGAGCCGCGCCUGCAUUCAGUCAGUCCAUAGGAAAGCUUUCUCAAUGCUUUCCUAUGGACGCUGGCAUCUUCUUACUGUGAAAAUCACAGUGAGACGCGACUGUCAAUGAGACAGCCACUAGAGGCUUGAUUAACCCCUAUGUAAACAUAGCAGUUUCUCAGAAACUAUGUUUACAGCAGGCAGGGUCAACCCUAGAUGGACCUGGCACCCAGACCACUUCAUUGACCUGAAGUGGUCUGGGUGCCUAUAGUGGUCCUUUAAGGAUUUUAACAUCCAUUGGUCCUCAAAGUUGCUAUAUUUUGCACUGUGCAGCCUUUAGAAGGUUGUCAUUUAGUUUUCAUAUGGGUAACCUUACUUGAAGACCUUUGCCUCUCAUUUAUUAUACAUAUCAUGUUAAAAAUAUUAUUGGAAUAAAGGUUCUAAACUAGAUGUAAGUUAUUUUGUUAUACUUUAUAUAUAGAGAUGUUUGUACUUAUUAAUUAUAGGAAAUAUAGAUAAUAUCCGAUUCCUUCAAAUUUUUCUAGAUGACCGUACCUUUACAAGGGUCACAGUUAUCCUUGCCCAAUUUUGGCUCAGCAGCUGGGCAGCCUUUAAUUGCUCUGUCUCAAGCAAUGCCACCAGCUCCACAGGCUCAGCACCAGAAUCUGUCCAGAAGUCAAGUGAACCAGGGUUACCGAGGCCUGAUCCCUACAGGCAAUCAGCAUGGAAUGAUUCCUGGCCCUGGGAAGGUGAGAAAUGUUGUCCACUAUUAACAGUGGUUUAUUUGGUUUCUGUAUAGUUGCUUAAAGUUAUAUCCAGGAACCCACUGCAUUCUGUUUAAUUACUCUGUUUUUCCUUCCUGGUGACUCGCUCAACAUUGAAACAUUGUCUUCACAUCCCUCUCAAAAAGACUCCAUAAAUCCCGCUAUACCUUUUUUAACUUCACAUGCCACUAAAUGUUUCCCUGAAUCACCUUUUCAAUUUGUUGCAAAUGUACUCUGCAUUAGAUACUCGUGGCCUACAUCUUUAGAUUGAAUAGAAGGACGCUUUUAAAUUUGAGUCCGGACUGUUCAGCUAUAGAAUCUAUAGAAAAAUGUCAAGCAUUUACAGCUAUAUAAGCUGUUCAGACCAAGUGACUAUUUUCUGACAUAAGACUGUUGAAAGGGAAGUGGCUUACUAUAGUACAUAAUGAAUGUGCCUCCAGGUGCAUGCUGGUAAAUGUGUCACUGUUUGUGCCGUUUAUUUUAUCUCUGGAUUAAUUGCUGAUAUAAUUACUGCAUAAUAUUUGUGUAGAUAUCAGAAAUGGACCUGAAGCCCUAUGGUAGUGGCUUGGAUCACGUGAAGCCAGGUACACCACCUGUGGGUGGAAGAAGCACCACUCCCACCUCCAGUCCUUUCCGGUAAGUAUGACUUUUGCUAGCCAUGGAAAUAAGAAGUUAUAUAGCCUCAUUGCAUGCUAGUUCCUAUGAAAUGUGCACAUUUUGAAAUAAAAAAUCAAUAUAUACUUUUUUUUAGAUGUGCUUUGUGUUUAUAUAGUUUACUUUUUAAAUAUAUUACACUGCACACCUUUAUUAGAGAGGAGUGUAAAAGUCAUGGAACUUGUGUGUUAUGCAAUUGGCUGUUGUAGGAAGUUGAGACAUCAGUCUAUGCCGAGGCAGAUCCAGAACCUAAUCUUGGGAGGGGCACUGGAGUAUGUAAAGGACCACUUCAGCCCUCUGUAGCGCUUAUAGUGCCAGAUGUGCUGUGGCGCCACCCACAAGUAAGUACUCAGUUUGAGAACUUACCUGUGGUUUGCUGGGAUCGGGACAUUAGUGGGGAGUUAAAGGCUGUAGUGGGAGUUUAGGCUUUGUUCAGAUUGUUAAAGGCAUUAGUCGGGCUGUAGGUUGGGGUGAUGGGUUAGUUGUAGUGGGAUUUAGUGGCUGUAGGGGGGGGGGGUUAAGGGAAUUAGUCGGGGGCUUAUUGUAGUUCUGGUGAGUAUAGUCAGUCCCUGCAGGCAUUUUUAUGUAAACACUGUCUUUUCUGAGAAAAGGUAGUGUUCACAUUACAGCCUAGAGACACCUCCAGUGGCCACUUUCCCUUUAGAGCUGCAUUGGUUCAGUUAAUAUGUGAGGAGAUGCUGAUUGGCCAUGCUGGCUUUUGGCUCUGCCCCGCCCCGCCUCCUUUAAAGCCAGUUCAACGCUUUUCCUUUGGGAUCAAUUCUGAUGUCAUCGAAGGAGGGUGAAUUGGGGGUGGAACCAGCACACCAUACUGAAAAUAAUGUACAUAUUAUACCUGUUAAAGAAAGCAGGGGACAAGCCACCUACAUAGUGGUUUUAACACGAAACGGUCAGGAAUAAAUGUUUGUGUUCCUGACUUUAUAUUGUUCCUUUAAUGUGUUUUAGUAUCAAACGUUGAUAAUAUACUAUAAGAGGGCGAGACAGGCAGUUUUCUGUCUGUUGUAAAAGGCAGAUGACAUGGAGGGAUAAACUGAGCAGAAUUUACACCUGUAAUGAAUUUAUGGAAAUGUGCUGUUCAACUUAAGGAUUUCUAUGAUUUUUAAGUUUUAAACUUGCCAUACUUUUUUCCAAGUGGCCACGAAUACAAGCACUUUGCAUAGAUUUUAAAAUUGCCUCAUGCCCAUUACUUUUUGAGAUUUGAGAAAAAAAUGUAGUGCUAUAGGAUUAAAAAUAACCUAUCACCAGAAAAAAAUGGCUUUCUUAGUUUCUUUACAGUUAAAAUGUUUUUUAAUCUGAGCUGAGAUUUACCUUAAUGAACCCUGAAAUAAAUGCAACCAAAGUCGGUUGCGAUUUUUGGCACUCGUUGCUAGAAAUUUAAAUUUUUAUUGUGAUCUGUGACCCAGGCUUGUCUGGUUUCUUUCGUAGUCUACUGCUUCAUAGUCAACAUGCCAGUAUAUGUUUUGGUGGGGUGAGGGGGAUUUAGUUUUUAAACGGUGAUGGGUUUUUUUCUUGUAUCAAUGUUAACAGUGAUGACAUUUUAUAACUUUUUACAUUUGUUAACUUUGACUUGAAAGAAUAAAUUUGUCUUUAAAAGUUUAAUGCAUAUUUUUCUUUUGUUGUAAUUUCUGCAGUAUCUUAUUCCAAAAUAGUUUUAAAUAUUAUAUAUUUACAGCUUUGUUGCAUUGUCUUUUCUCUCAGGGCCAGUUCAACCAGUCCAAACAGCCAGUCCAGUAAAAUGAACAGUCUGGUUUACCAAAAACACCAGUUUACUACAGCAGCCGGUGUCCGAAUUGGGCAACCACCAUUCCCUACACAGUUCCCUCCUCAGGUAAUGAGUCCAUGUCUCCAAUAAUGAGUUUACGAUUAAUAUUACAAGACAUUAAUUUUUUUGUGUAUUAUGUGCCAUAAAUUCAGUAAUCUAUAGGUUAGGUCAGCGGUUCCCAAACUGUGUCCGCGGUGCCCGUGGUGCCGUGAUUGGCACACAGGGGUACCGCAAAAUGUUUCCCUGCUGCUAUGAUCAUAGCACUAAGGAAACAUUUCUACUGAAUAGGAGCCCAGGCAGGCGCCGCGGCCAUUUAAGACAACGACCAGGCCCAUUUAGUGUCGACAGGCUGUGAGGAAGUGACAGCAUGUCACUUCCUUCCAGCUUUAUCCAAAGUGACUGUGCGGGACAGGCAGCAUAUAUGUAGAGCAGAGCAGCACAAAGAGCUGCUCCAGACCCCUCACCACCAACUGCAGCAGGACCCCAAGUCACCCUCCUGGACACAAAAGGUAAGCUAACAGGAGGAUAGCUGUACAUAUAAAAAAAAUCGCAUUUGUGUCAGUGUGCAUCUGUGUGACAGGGUGUGCUUCUUUUUGUCUAUCUGUUUUUGUGUACAUGUGUCAGGAUGUGCAUCUCUGCGUAUUAGUCUGUAUCUGUGUCAAGGUGUGUGUUUGUGUCCGUGUCUGUGUGUGUGUAUAUAUGUGUGUGUGUGUGUGUAUGUGUGUAUAUGUGUGUGUGUGUAUAUAUAUAUAUAUAUGAAUUUGUGUAUAUGUGUGUGUGUAUAUAUAUAUAUAUGAAUUUGUGUAUAUGUGUGUGUGUAUAUGUGUAUAUAUAUAUAUGAAUUUGUGUAUGUGUGUGUGUGUGUGUGUGUGUAUAUAUAUAUAUAUAUAUAUAUAUAUAUAUAUAUAUAUAUAUAUAUAUAUAUAUAUAUAUAUAUAUAUAUAUAUGAAUUUGAGUAUGUGUCCAUGUAUUUAUAUGCAUCUGUGUGCUAACGUGCAUAUAUCCAAGCAAACACACUCCUGCAAUCUAAUACAAAUAUUACAUGCAAACACACACCUGCCUCCAAAUUACUAAAUUAUAUACAAACACACCCUUUCACUCAAACACCAAUGCUACACACAAAUGUUUACAUUUAAAAGCAAAUAUUGCAUACACACUCACUCUUGACUUAAAACACUAAAAUUUUAUAUACAAGCACCUCUUCAAUUAAACACCAACACUAUACAUUAAACUAUAGUGCCAGUAUAUGCCGCACCAAUAUACAGAUAUACAGUACAGAACUUUGUUUUGACUUGGAGUAUCUUGGAAAAAUAUUUAAAUAUUAAGGGCGCCUUGAACCUAAAAUGUUUAGGUUCUUGUUUUAGAAGCAGAUCUUAAACGCCUGUUAAAGGGACACUAUAGUCACCAGAAAAACUACAGCUUACCAUGUCCCUGACUGCUUUUUUUUGUAAACACUACUUUUUCGCAGUAAAGGCAGUUUUUACCUUGUUGCCUAUGAACAUCUGUAGUGACCAGUCCUCAGACGGCCAUAAGAGGUGCUUCCUGGGUUCAGUGUCUCCACGCUCUACAUUGAGACGCUGAACUUUCCUUAUAGAGAUUCAUUAAUUCAAUGCAUCCAUAUGCGAUGCUAAGCCAGGGCAGCGUUUGGCUCCACCCCGCCUUUGUCUGAGAUCAUCAGAAUUCCUUUGGGAAAGCAUUAUGAUUAGCUGAGAUCAUCACUUCUGAUGUCAGCCAAGAAGACAGAUUGGGAGUAGUACCAGGGGACCCACAUGGCGCUGGAAAUAAGGCAAAGGGGCUACAUAGUAAUUUUAAUACCAUAGGGUACAUACAUGUUUGUGAUCCUUUAAACUAACCUUGCUUUUUAAUUGCAUGGUUUUGUACAGAGGAAUGUGAUUGGUUGUUUUGGUUUUUUAUCUGAACACACCUUCUGAUUGUAAGGAGUAUUUAGGCUAGUUGUGACAUACAGAUUGAAAGGGUCACCUGUGACGUUCACUAUGAUGCUGAAAAUCACAGCAUAUUGCAGCUUCAACCUUCCCACAGGGAAAUAUUCCAGCUAGACCCGGUGUUUUCAUUAUUUUGUCUGUCUUGUGAAACUCGUGCUCUUCCACACAUCGAAGUCAAUGAGGAAGAGGAAGCCACCCAGGUGCUCACUGAGCUGCUUUAUAAAACCUGAAUGAAAAAUUGCCUUUAAUUGUACAAAUUUGCAAAAAUGUAUACAAUUAAAGUAACUAGGAGAGGGAUGACUUCCUUGCAAUCUAAUCUAUGCAUUAGAAUAGCUUAAAAACAUGGUGCCUGGAAUGUCCCUUUAUCUUAAGUAUUUCACUCCACUAUUGCUGCCAUGUAAAAACAUUUUUCAAACCAUUACUAGCACAGUGUCCUCUGAGCCAUCUCGUCUGCAUAUGUGACAUUGAUUUCUGUUUUUGAAGAAAUCAACUUUUCACAUGUGAAGAAAUAUUGUUAAUCCAUUCUCUAUUCCAGUGGUUUUCAAGGCACGCCUACUAGCCCAGUAGUGUUAAGGUAUUUUAGAAUGAAAGAAAAACACCUUGGACCCAACUAGGUAAUCCCUAAAUCCUGGACUGGUAGGCGUGCCUUGAGGAUUGGUUUGGAAACCACUGCUCUAUUCUUUUCACAUUCUUUGCAGCUGUAAAAGUAACAAUCAAGUAGCUCUCUCCCACCCUUACUAGAUGUUAUGACUUCAAUGAAUGAACCUGAUCAUUAAAGGUACACUAUUGUCACCAGAACUACAGCUUAUUGCAUUUGUAGAGUAGAAUCAUUCCCUUCAGGCUUUUUGCAGUAAACACUUGAUUUUCAGAGAAAAUGCAGUGUUUACAUUACAGCCUAGUGAUAACUUCACUGGACACUCUUUAGAUGGCUGCUAAAACUGCUUCCUUGGGCAGUGCUGCAGAGUAAGCAGUACUGCCAUUCAGUUUCUCCACCCUCUGCAUGCAGACACUGAACUUUCCUCAUAGAGAUGCAUUGAUUCAAUUAAUCUCUAUGAGGAGAUGCUGAUUUGGCCAGGGCUGUGUUUGACUUGUGCUGGCUCUGCCCCUGAUCUGUCUCCUUGACAAGCUCAGCCAAUCCUGUGGGGAAGUAUUGUGAUUGGUUCAGACCACCACUUCUGCUGAUGCCAGCAGCUCCAGAAUUGAAUACAAGUAAGAUGUUACUAUAUUUAGGGAAUCAAGAGGAGGUCAGGGGGGCUAGAUAGUUUUACCACUGUAGGUUCACGAAUAAAUGUUUGUUUUCCUGACCCUAAAGUGCUCCUUUAAGGAAAAGAUGUGAAUGCAAUCUUUGCAUCAUCCAUUAUCAUGUUACAUGUGGCUAUAAAUGUUAUGUUAUCCAUAGCCAGUAGCUACGGUACUAAAUAUCAUCUAGAACUUAAAUAUCUGACUCAAGUGUGGAUAUUCAUUUGAACUUAAUUGUUUUCUUUUUGCUUUAGAUUCUCUCACAGCCCAACCUUGUUCCUCCUAUGGUCCGAGCACCUCAUCCAAAUUCUUUUCAACCUCCUGUUCAGCGCCCACCCAUGGGAUUGCCCAAUCAGAUGCCCGCAGGCCUGAUGAACCAUCCUCGCCUUCACCACGUGUCUCGAGCUCCGCCUGUUGCACCUUCAGGGGUUCGUGUUACUUCGACACAUGCUGCUAUGAAGGCUGAGCAGGAUUUAAAGGUCAGUGUGGCUUAUGGAAAUCAAUUUGCAUGUAAAUUAACUUAUUCCCACCAUCACCACCACUAUCUAUUUAAAGUCUUCUGUCCAGCCUUAUUUAUAAUUUACAAUUCAAAUAGUUAACACAUAUUUACCAAUAUCAACUAUUCCUCUUCCCUACAUCAUACUAAAAGUUUACUAAUUUACAGAGUUGAGGUGUAUGUAUAGGAGAUGUUAUCUUCCCUGCACUUCAGAGUUGUCCUGACACAUUUUCAAGAUGUUCCUAGCAUUCGUGCUGGCAUAUUUUCUGAUAAUCCCCAUGAGUUUAGAUUCCUUACAUUUAUGCUGUUCACAAUGCACUUACACAACACUAUCAGUUAAGACCGUGACAGCCUUGCAAAUAACGAAAUUCUUCAGCAAAAAUACUUUGCAAAAAGUGUCAUAGCUAACAUUUGGUUUUUGCAAAUACUUCAGAACAUCACAUGUAACUCACUUUUUGAAGAGGGCCUGCCACCUUUGAGUUUGUCAUAAAGCUAGACUGUUCAUGAAAAAAAUUAGUUGCAUUAGAAUUUUAUGAAAACUCCAAUUAAAUUAAGAUAUAUGGGUUACUUUGACUUGUGUAUGCAAUUAAACAAGACAACUUAAACAAGGCAACUUGAAACCUUGAUCAAUUUCAGUUGUCUUGACUUUUCCCAUAGUCUUUCACAAAUAACAGAUGGCCAAAAAAAGCAUUUUUUGCCUUUGAACUUAAAGGGACACUCUAAGCAGCAAAGCCUUUACUGCUUUAGUGCCAGGAAUACAGCUUUGUAUUCCUAGCACUAUAGUAACCCUUUAAUGAAAUAAAGGAAGAGCCGACCUAUGCAUCUUUCUGUCCUUCAACUGUGGGAAAUUGUUGGAAUUUUUCUAUAUUUUUGCGAGAUUAUUAUAAGCUUGGUUUUUCAAAUGAUUCAGCCUUAACCACAUGGUCCACUCCUUAUUUAUCAUUAUUCUCUUUUAAUAUUUCCUUCCUUUCCUUCGUUCCUUAUUUGGAUUUUUUGUUAUUAACUAUCUGAAAACCACUGUGAUUAGGAACAGCUGUGGAUGUAGUUUAUCACGGAUAUUUGUAUCCUAUUAGUGACAUCUAGUGGGCAUUUUAUGUCACUUUACUGGAAACUACAUAGCAUGAGAACAAAAUAGAUGAAUUUGCUGCAAUUUACAAUUCAUUACUCUUUUUUGUGUUGCCAAAGUAGCGGUUCCUACGGACUAAUUUUUUGUAGGGUAAUAUAAGACUAUAUAUGUCUCACAGAGAUCAACUCUAAUUGAUAUACUUUCUGAGUACAAUUCUACAUGAUUUUCUUUUUUUUGUUUUUCAAUUUUACUUUUGAUAACUUUUCACCCAUACGUGCUAGAUAGAUCUAUUGAUUCGUGUAACAAAAUAUUUUAAAAAAAUAAUUUUUUUUACCCCUUAGAGGUGGGCUGGCAUUCAGUCCUAAACGCAUAGAUAGUCCUCACCAUCAUUAAUACUCACCAGGUCCCCUCUGAUCUCCCAACAGCGGACAUGAUUCUGGGGACUGCCAGAGAGCUCACACAGUCCCCCUCCAUCUGAUCCAGCCUUACCGGGCCAUGCGGUCCUCGUGAUUACAUAGCUGGCUUGUGCAGUUCGUGCAGGGGGACUGCUUGAGCUCUCGGGCAGCCCCAUCUAAUGCCUGCUAAAAAAAAAAGAAAUUGUAUUUUUUUUUUUUAAGUUUAAUAAAGUUGUUAAAACUCUUUCUGAAUUCAGCAAAAGUACUUAGAUUUUAUAUAUGUAUGUGUGUGUGUGUAUAUGUAUGUAUGUAUGUGUAUAUAUAUAUAUUAUGCGAAGUUCCUUUAUAUGCGCAUAUUUUAUUUUAUUUUUUUAAUCACAAACACUGGCCAGAAUUGGCGUUCAAAUUAGUUUUUUGCAAUUUUUACACACAAACAAAUAUGAACACUAACUUUGGCCAGUGUGUGUAAAUAAGUGGCUACUAAAAAAGACUGUACAUAUCCUAUUUGUAAUACCGUGGGUUUUCUACUUUAGCAAAUGGUAUGCUAUCAUGGGGAUAAUUCUUAUUCCUGGGCAUACGGUCUCAAAGUCAACAUAACCAGUCUGGCAAAUUACAACGUGUAAACUGAAAAAUGUAACGUUUCAAAACACAAUAAAACCUGUACAUGGGGGGUACACGUGAGAAAUCGCUGAAUACAAAUAUGUGUAUUUUAUUGUAGUAAAAGCAAGCAGUAUUAUAGCAUUCAAAGUUAAAAUGCCAUGCAGAACUACAGAAAAUAGCAUUUCUUAAUUUCUCACAUUUUUUUUAUAUUGCAUAUUAAAUUAUUUCAUAGCUAAAUAUUUGAUGUGAAAUGAAAACCCUGGUUCACAAUAAAUUAUAUAUUUUGUGGGUGCACUUUAAAUGAAAGAAGUGAAUUACCGUUGAACAGACAUAGUCAAAUUCCAGGUUUUGUUUACUUUUUUUUUUUAUCAGAAUGUGUACAAUUGGCGUAGUCCUUAAGGGGCUAAUAAUAAAAAGGUUAUGUUUUAUUAGUAUUUAUGACCAGCAGAUUUUAUAGAUUACAUGGUUGCUUGCUGUGCCUAACAUGUUGUUGAGAUUUCUCAUCCACACUGGUUUUUAAUUGGUCCAGCUUAAAUGUAUAUGCUUCAGGCACAGUGUUUUGGAUAUAAAUUUCUUAAAUGUGUUUUCAGAGUUGUACAUUUGUAAUGCUUACUAGACAUAAAAAUUUAUAUUCAUAUACCUUUGCACAUCUUAAUUAAUGGAACACAUCUGUUUUGUUUUUUUGGUUUUGUUCUGGUUUUUUUUUUUUUGUUUUCCUUCCCAUUCCUUUAAGGCAAAACAGAGAGCAGAGGUCCUACAGUCAACACACCGUUUCUUUGAGCAGCAACAACAUCAGCAGAGCAAACCAGUUGUAUCGAAGCCUCCGAAAGCAACCCCAGCGCCUGUUAAGCCUACAGACAGCCUGCCAGAUCCCACAAUGGUCCAACAGGAGAAAGUGGAAGAUAACUCAGCACCUGCAGCCCCUAUGGCCCCAGUUGCAGUGCCGACAUCCACUAAACCUAUUAGAACUGGACCAAUUAAACCUCAGGCCAUCAAAACAGAAGAGACAAAAUCAUAG